CGCGCGUUUCACACGCACCGUACGCGUUCGUCCCGCAGUCGCGCGUAUUCCGUCGUCGUGUGCAAUUGUCCGUUUACCGUGUCCCGUGGUGCAGCCGACAACACCACCGAGACCGUCGACCGCGCGCGCGUGUUCUUUACCGGGCCGGUAUUUCAUAAUAAUUACCGUUGUUGUUGCCCUGCCAACGGAUCGGGACGUCAUCGGCGUACCUAUACGAUGCGCGACCGUCCCGGAGUCGGACCGCAUCCUAACCGAACCGGUACCGUAAACAGCGCCUAAUACCUGUAUCGGUAUAGUAAUAAUAUUUAUCAGCACCCGGGUACGUACAUAAUUAUUUUUCUCGUUAUUAAUUACAAUUAAUAAUAAUACUAUAUUAUACACGCGCGAUGAUUACGGCACACCGACCACGGGUCUGUGUAUUUUUUUCUUAUUUUUCUUCUGUUAUUUAUUAUUAAUAUAUUAUAUUAUAAGUACGUAUUAAUGAAUUACGAUUACUAAACGGUUGUCGCGCGGGAAUCGGCGGAACGGGCUCCCCGCCGCGCCGGUACGUCCCUCGAAAUACCGCCGCCGGGGGAUGAAUAAGGAACCCGCGGAAUUGGUAUUGUCCCGUCACGAUUCGCAUCACGUUUCUUAAUAAUGCGGGCAAACAUCAAUUCCGAUACGAACCGGUUGGGUGUCGUCGUAUUAUUAUACGUAGGUACCCACCUACGACGUAAACGGUUUUUUCUUCUGCGAUAAGCGGCUCCGGUAAAAAAUGUCCGCGAAAAGACUCGUACAACUUGAGCCCAGAUGAACGAGUAGGCCAACAAAUAAAUCCUAUAAUUCAUUGUAAACGUAAUCCCUUAUGAUACAAGCACACUCCGCGCAUAUUCCCCAUUCUCACCCGGCUAACUAAUUUUCGUCACGAAGCAGCUGCAGUUUCGCAGGAUUCCCGUUCACCGCGGCCACCUGUAUUAUAACAUUAUGUGGGCACCCGUCGUACUACUACUGUGCCCCGUUACGCGUAUCCGUUUGUAAUGUCUACUACACGACCCCCCGGAAUUUUUACUGGCCGCUAAUUAUUGUUGUUGGGGGGACGUUAUAUACGUAUCCUCAUGCAGUGGUAUAAUUGAGAAGGUUUCAUGGGAGGGGGGAUCAAAAUAAAUAUGCAUAACAAACUCGCGGGGCGCUUAGUUUCCUCCCGUAUGUAAAUUUUAUAUCUCAUCAUAUAUCAAUAUAAUUAUUCUAUAUUAAAUAUAAAAAUUAACAAAAAAAGUUUAUCAAAUUUUGUUAUCAAUUUUUUAAUUAUACAAAUAUUACAAUAUUAUUACCAGAUUCCUAGGCUUCUUAGCCAGUUCAUCAAUGGCGUCUUCGUUUGAAAAUUUAACAUCGUAAUGAAUUGCCAACAUUGUCAGACUAUUAAAUCUUUUCUAUAAAUUUGUAGAUAAACGUCAAUACCUAAAUACAGCUUAGAGGAGAGAGGGUCUAUCCCCUUCCCCGUAAUUACGCCCCUGUCUUCAUGUGCUGCGUAGAUUUUGAAAUAUUUCCCGUUAGUUGGACCGAGACAGCACAUGCGAGUAUAGCAUUCUCUUAAGGUGUCUUGAAAAACGUGGUAAAUUCGCGUUCAGCUGGGACAACAUUGCGCUGUUAGUUUCAAUGUGUGAGCAGUGAGCGGAUUAUCAAACAAAAAAGACGAGAACGUUGUUCGUGCAAUGUUGGCACCAUUAUUCGAUAUUUUACGAGUACAAGCGUUAUUAAAUCGUGAUAUUUUACAUAUGCCGAUAUCUCGUUUAAAAAAAUUAAUAAAUCGACAAAAUAGUGUCAACGUUUCGCAGAUAACGUGUUCUCGUCUUAAUAAAUUUCAAAAUUAUUGAUCGAUUCGCUCUAUCAUUCCGGCCUCAAACUAUAGUGAACCUCGCUGAACGCGAAUUUGCUGUAUGCCAUACGUUUAUAAGACACGGAGACGGCACGCGCAGGCAGGGUUGAAUCCAGGAGAAGGGCGUAAAAUGCUUCUCCUUGGAAAUUCAUUCGUUUCCCCCCCCCAUGUUAAAUAUAAAACUGUCAACAAAAUGUAUUUUUCAAACCAUUCAAUACUCGUUACUCGUCACAUUUUACGUCGAUACGCCUCUUGGAAAAAAUAGCCAGCCCGGAAAAGUGAUCAGCCGGAAAAAUUGUCUGGAUUCAACUCUGCGUAUCGCGUCCUCUAAAUUUCCCGCAACGAUAACUAUUCCACUGACCAAACAGAAUAUUAUCUCUUGUAUGGCUUAUUGGCUGUUCAGUAUCACAAUGACCGGCGACGGACCUAAAUUAAUAAUCCACGGGGGUAUAAUAUCUGUUUUCAUGUCGGCUCGCCCCUGUGGAUAGUCAAAGGGAUAAAAUCGAGAAGAUCCCCGCCGAACCUCGUGUUGGUUUCGCCGCCGACUGCAAUAUUAUAAUAAUCGUUCUUCCAUAAUAUCAUAGACCUCUAUAACCGUGUCGGCGUGAACAAAAAAAAAAAACAAAUUUAAAACUCUAUACAGUCACGUUAACGCGCUGUUUUGUUUUUGUUUUUUUUUUUUUUGUUCGGUUUUAACAGUGUACCUACCUAUAUAUUACGUCCCGAUAUCUGUAAGUAUUUACAAGUUUGCAACAACGUGAUUUAUUUAGGUCGUAUAUAAUGACGGCUAGGCGAGCGUCGAUGACGGGGGCCGUGUUAUUUUAGCGCGCGCGCGCGGCCUUAUAUGUCAUAAAAAAAAUAUCGUCGCGUAAUAUUAUAUACCUGCAGUGCCGUAUGCGCCGAACGACGUUUGUUAUUUCGCGUUUUUUUUUCUUUUUAUCGAAUCCGGGGGAAUAAAACCGAUAUAUGCCUAUAGGUAGGUACCGUCGCCGCCGUUUUCAGCAGUCUCGCGCGCGCUAACGCCCCCCUGUCUUUCAACGCGCCUCGGCGACGCUCUCGGUCCAUUUGUCGGCGAUAGAAAUUUUUUUUUAUUUAUACUAUUACGCGUAUACCGUGGGGAGGACUGACGGUCGCCGUGGUAAGCCUGUCCCGCACGGCCGACAUAUUGGUCAUACACAUUGAUAAAUAUGUUAUUAUAACACGAGCAAUAUUAUAUCGGCUUCAAUAUUAUGUUUGGGGUCUUAUACGUGACUGGCGUAAAUUCGCGAGCAUUGCCAUUGUCCCAGCGCUGCAGGUAUAAUAUAAAUUCGUCAUGAUGGCGACCGUGAAUAUUUUCGUGUCUUCCCGAUCUAGGCGACUCCCGUUUUGCCGACAAAUAAACCAGCUUUACAAAGUAUUAAAAAUCUUCCCGUUUCGCCGUCACGUAAAUCGGUUACAAUAUUAUCAUUUCGAGUUGAAAUAUUAUUGUUGCAAUAAAAUUAUUAUUACUAUAAAGAAAUACCGGCGCCGCGAUUGCGGCAUGAGCCAAUGUAAAUAUAUAAAUGUAGUAUUAUCAAAAAUACAAAAGAUAUUGACAAUAACAAUAGGUAAUCUACGAUCAUACAAAUUUUCAAAAGAAUUUUUCUUAUUAUUUUAAUAAUUUAAGUUUAGUAGAGUGACAAUUUAAGAAAUCUAGUGUAAUCCUCGUGAAACCGACAACGAAAACAAGUUGUUUUAACAUGGGCUAUAGUGGAAUGGAGUCAUGAGUAGGUAUACUUCAAGCAACGUUCAUCACAAUUAAGUAUUAGCAAAAGAAAAUGUCGGCGAAAUGGGAUGUCAGCAAAAUGGGAGUCGGCGACGUGGGAAUGAACCAAUAUUUUACCGCGCGCACGGGUAGUCCGGUCGACUCGCAGUAAAAAGAAGUUCUUAUCGUGUACGUCGUGUAAUUAAUUCGUUUGUACGCUUGAUUAGUUCUUACUAGAGUCAUGCACUUCUUAUUAUCAAACUGUUAUCAACGACGAUUUGACUGUUUGAAUCCAAACAAUUUAAUUGUACAAUAUUAAAAACACACAUAAUAUAUUUUAGAUUCUGAGCGGAGCGAAAAAUGUAUUGGUUUUACAAUGAUGUUUUCUUUUAUAUGAACACCUUUUCUACCAGAAAGUUUAUUCCGAUUAUUAAGUAUAUAGCACCUUUUGUGAAUGGAUAUGUUCUCUGUGUGGUACUUUAGAGAGGCAAUUUUUUAAAAUUCUCAUUAAUAUUCGAAAUAAUGAGGAAAACCUGGUUCUUUGUGUUAAAAAAAGAUUGAAAGAUUUAAAAUAAGGUUGCCAUUGGCAACCAGUUUUAUCUAUUUUUUGUUAUUAGUAAGUUUUUAUUAUUUUAAUAUUUUUAAACAAUCAUUAUUGUCAUGGAAACGCACAUUGUUUUAAUCAUUUUACCAUAAUAUGACAUCUAUAUUGUUGAUAAAGUAACACUAUAACUAAACUCCGCUCUACAGAAUCGUUUUUUCGUUAGCAAUGGUUUAUCGUUGCUUACAGAUAUACAUUAAAUUCCCGUCUGUAUCCUACAUUCCCAACUUCCCACAGAUAACAGUGUCUGCAGCCACGUGCUAAGUAUGUUCAUCCUAUUUUUGAACUCUCAUAUUAUAUUAAAAUAUGAGCACUUACACACCCUAAGAUUUAAUUAUUAUUAACUAAAAGAUACUCGUAUACGAUUUUUUGCAAUAAAAUAAGUAUACGAAUACUUAAAAUGUAGAAUAAAACAAUUUUUAAGUUGCUUUGCAUUGUAUUUGUAUGUACAUUUUUGUUUGUUUGGUUCGAAUGAUUCCUAUAAGGAUUUUGAUCAAAUAAUAAUAUAACGUCAUACUAAUCGUGCGUAUUCAACAGCCACCCGCGAGCACACACCGAAUCGGGAGAUCGUAACAAUUCGGAAAGUAAUCGCACAGACCGUAUUAAUCCGGACAAAAUAUAUACGUGAACCCAGGAGCGUCAUUCGAGGGAUUUAGACUGUAAUUCAGCAGUCUAAUUUUUUGUAAUGUGUUUUUGACCCGCAUAAAAUGUUAUUUAAUUGCUGCACCGUCGUCGAUUAAACGUAGAAAUAAAUUCAAACCAGAAAUAUUUUUCUAUAUAGUAUUUAAAGAUUAAAAUGUAAAAUGGGAAUAUGAGCGAUCAAAGCGAUCGAGAAUUUUUUUAAUGAAGGAAAAAAUUGUCCCGAUUCAAAUGUUUGCAUCCUUAUUGAAAAACUGAAAUGACGCCCUGCGUAAAUCGCAUAGUCUCAGAUUGUAGAAAUCCGGAAAGUAACUAACCGUAUAGUUUCGAACCGUAUUUUCCCGGGCAAAAAAAAUCGCAAUAAUAAGCUAAUAAUAAUCUAACUAUUAUAGUUAUUGUAUGGUAAAUAAUUCUUAAUAUAUUUCUGGGCAUAAUAAUGAUUACACUGAUUUUUUUAAAUUUUCUACUCGAAAUCUUGCUCCAAUUAAAAAACGACAAAAGAUCUUUACUGUUAAACUGAAUCUAUAAUUGGUACGUCAAGUGGAAAUUUUUUGAUUUUUUAAGCGGUUUCAUAAUAAUUGAAUAAAACCCGGAAAAAAAGUAUAAGAAUAAUGAAAAAGUACGGAAUUAAUGGUUUCGUGUUUCCGGUUUUGUUUUUUUCCUGUACAUUGGUUAAUAAAUCGUAGAAAGGUAAAACUUUGACAAAAUACUUAUAAAUUAGCUUUUCCUAAACUUGGUAUAUUAUGCCCGAAAUCCAUGAUCCCUCCCUUGAACGAGAGUUGGUCAAACGUUGGGAAAGUUUCGUAUUUAAGAGAGGCGAUUAAAGAGAUAUAUCUGCCCCUUGAUCUUUUUUUAUUAUAUUUUAUUUAUACAACUAGAUAUUUUUUUAAUUUUAAAUGUCUUUAAUGUUUUAAUUAUAAAAAUUAAAAAUGUGCAGAAACGUGAAUGUAUACAAUUUCUGGAACAAAUCUAGUUUACCAUUGAAUAUGUUUGAAUUUUUUACGGAAACCAUUAUUAAAGAAGUUAUAGCUAUUUGAAGUUUGUUGUUUUAUAGAUCAACAUAAGCUAUACUAAGUUUCUUUUGCCACAUAUUUAUGCAUUUGACUGUGACGUAUUAUACGUAAAAAAAUGUCAUAUUAGCGUUCGAUAUCUUACAAAUCCAAAAUUUAAAUACAGCAUUUUUAAUAAAAUUGUAAUUUUAUUGUCACAUUAACACGUGAUUAAUUAUUUAGAUAUCUAUUCUGGUAUAUGGUUUUAAAAGAAAAUUGAAAUUGAAAUUCAUUAUAUUGUAUUUUAUUGACUAUUUUAAACGAAAUAACUCUCGGUUUGUUGUGGAAAAUCAUGUUGAGUAGGUAACAAAGGAAAAGACAAAUGCAUUUUCAGUGCACCUAGAGUUCAGGAGGAGUCACCUCAUUUUAAUGAAAACAACCCUAUAGAUUUGUUGUGCAAAACUAAAUCGGAUAGGUAACAGAGGUAAAAAAGAUAAAACGAAAAAAUUAAUUUGAAUAAGUCUCAGGGUAAAGACCAAAAUUUUGAACCGAACAUAUUAUAACUCUUCCAUGACUCAAACUUAAAAGUGAAAUUUCUCGUCAUUGGAUUGAAAAAAUUAAAAAUAUCAACACCAAACUAUAUUUUAACUAAAGUACUCUAUUUAUUUAUGCAAUUUUUAACAUAGGUUUCAAUUUUCAAAUGACAAUGUAUGUAGUGCAGCACCUAAUCGAAAAUUUAAUUAUUUUUUGUUAUCAAUGGUUUAUCAUUGGUUACAGGUAUAAAUUAAAUAAGUUUAUGUAUCCCACCUUCCCAAUUAUCCAUCUACAACAUUGGCCGUCCCCGGUAUUCGGUCAUUUUUUACAUUUUGGUUUUUUGUUGUAGGUUCUUCAGUGAAAACUAAUCGUUAAGGCUGGACAUUUUCACCGGUUAAUUAUACAUUAUCUUUAUUUAUAUAUUAUAGCUCUUUCUAGACAUAGUACAAUUUUUAAAUCUGGAGUUUUUUAGUUAUUUAUAGCUAUUUGAAAUUUUCGUGUUGACUAAGAUGAUUUGGGUAUGAUAAAAAAAGAAUUAGAAGCAGUAGGUAAGAAUGGUAAUGAAAAUAAAGAAAGACCAAAAAUGAUGAUCGGGGUAGAUAUGAGGGCAGUCGGUGUGAGGUGGGAUAUUCGAUCAGGCGGAAGUUUAGAACGAAGGUGGCCGAUCUAAAAUAGCUGGUAGAAGGCAAAGGAGAAGAAGAGAUCGAUUGUUGCCGUUAAUUUGUCAGUUUUUAUUUUCUUGUUUAUCGUUGUGACGAUCGCUCGACCGGAAUAAAUUCCCAUGAUUAGACACCACGCCGCUGUCCCGAUCCGUCCGCAGCCCGCGUGGAUUACUGCGGACCACGACGAGAUGUUGUCUAAAACGGACCGGUUUUAAUUAUAAUACUAUUAUUAUCAUAUAUUAUCAUUCGUCCGUAGUAAAACGGUAUUGUUUUCGAGCUCGUAUAUUAUAAAGGUGGCGGACAAGGUUGGGCUUCCGGUAUUCGGGGGAUCUCCCCUGACGGAUGACAACCGCUCGCGGAAAUGCUAACGAAUGGGUGCCGCCACUGUUAGCGCCGUAACAUAUUUGGCUACAAUUAGUUUGCGCACGUUUUUAUAUGACUCGUUUAGAGACAUGUUACUCAUUUGCGCGUAAAAUUUUAUAGAAAUAUAACCCGCACUCGAUAGCAAGUCUUCCGGAUUAAGACAUUUAAAUACUCCGGGCCAAACUUUUCGACGGAGUUCUCAAAAGAAAUAGUACAAAAAUGAUUAAGACUACUGCAAGGUAAAUCAAAAAAUGACCAUCUCAAUACACCAACUACAUAUAGACACAAUUUACUUUCAAUAAAAGAUGCUACUCUCGAAAAUCGGAACGAUAAUAUUAGUGUUCUCUGACCGUAUCACUCAUAACAGUAACAAAUAUAUUUCAAUUGCGACUUUCUGGUUGAGUUUAAGACUAAGGCGCCUAUUUUUUUUUAAAUAUUUAAUGUGAAAUUGUAUAAAGAACAGUAUUUACUAAGCCUCGGUCCAAUUUUUGUUUAAUAUUUCGUUUUGUUAAUAAGUUAUUAAUGGAUAAAUUAAGAGAAAUUAAAACAUGCGUUUUUUUCAGGAUGAAAAUGAAAAUAUUACAAAAAAAUCAUUCGAUGCGAAAGCAUAGUAAAUACUCUAUUUUUAUAAAAUGUAUAAGUCCCUUUGUCCUCUAAACUCAACCAAAUAUUUAUAUUCGUUGAAGUGCGAUGUGUAUUUGUUGUUAUAUUACGUGUGAAACAGACAGAGAAAAUACAGAUACUAGGUUGAUAUUUCUCGAAGAAGAAUAAGGAAGAAAGGAUAUGUGUUUUGAUUACUACCACGAAAAAGAAAUAGUAAACAACAAACCGAGUAGGUAUGUAAAAUAUGUAUUAACCAAAUAUUCAAAUUCCGAAAUUUAUCAAUUAAAUUAGAACAUGAGUAACUGAUUUCAAGGUAAACCUUUGGAGUAAUAUAUUUAAUAAAAUAAAAUAAAAAUAACAUACUCAUCAUAUGAGUACAACCGCUUUUUAAAUUAUCAUACAUUUUAUAAUAAUCGUUUAUAUAUAAAAUAUUUAACAAAAAUAUUUUUAAACACGUAACUCACCAAAAGUACACUUUCAAUGAUACUUGUGUAGUUAAAAUAUUCACAGACAGGUCUAAGUGUGUAUAAAUGGGAAGAGAAAGGUAUGUGUAUAAGGUCUGUGCGGGAGAGAGUGAAUCAAUAUAACCUAAUAGGCUGUGUGUCGUACGUCAAGUUCAAGAAAAACUUUAUUUUGUGUUAUUUUUACAUUUUCUAAUGGGGGGACAUGUGCCCCUUUUGCUCACCUCCCAUUGGGCGUCCAUGACCGAGCGUACUGUUAUAAAGCCAAUUUUUUUAUUUACUGAAACUCUUUUAAUCUGUCUAAAGGAUAUACUUUUGGCAAAUAAUAAAACCGAAAUUUUUUUCGAAAAUAUAAAAAAAUUAUUUAAAAAUUUGCAACGAAACUAUUAUGGCUAAACAGUAAAUAUAGAUGGCUCCUUUUGAUAGUCUACAUCUCUAUUUUGCCAGUGGUGUAAUCGAGGGGAUCUGGAUGUAAAAUUCUCCCCUUAACCUUUUUUUAAAUAUAGUUAGGGUAUAAAAAUUUUGAAAUUAUAUAUUCGAGGUGUUAAAUAUAAAUAUAAAUAUUUUUAAUUAAAUUUGAACCAAAAUGAUAAUAAUUGGUAGCUAAAGGUACAGUGUUCAAAAUUACUUGCAGAAUACAAUUUCAGAGGUAUAUUUAUUUAUUGAGUAAAUGCCGGUAGGCUCAAGUACCGUACAAUAUUAGAUUAAAAGAGAAAUGGAGACGAGAAAAAGAAAAUAACAAGAGUAAAAAAAACAUCUUAGUUAUUUAUAAUUGAAAAUUAGGAUACUAUACAUAUUAUUAGACAUACCUAGUAACUAAAUUUUUUUUUUCAUUAGAAUUAUUAAAUAGAUUGGAUAUGCAUAGAAUUGUACUGAUAGAUCCAACUAGACUCUGUUGGACGACUGAAUAAAAUGGCCCUAAAGCCAAGAAGAGUAGAUCUGUUGUUAUAAAUUGUAUAAUUUGUUCGUUAUUGAUAUAUCCAUACAUUUUAUCUACCAAUUAUUUAUUAAUUUUCUUAUUUACAUGUAAGAAAAUACUACACUUGUGAUGACCUUUUUGGGUUCAGAGCGUAGCAAGGAAUGUAUUGGUUUUACAAUGACGUUGUUCCAUUUUUUAAUAUUUUUUUAUACUGUGUAUUCCUUCACUUCGACUAUUACCAUAGUUCUCCAUUUCUUUUUGGCUAACAUAUAUUAAAGUAGUUCAUAAUUUUGGAGAACUUCCGAAUUUUCACGUAGACUGGAUGUUGAGGAGAUGCACUAUAAUACUGAACGAAAACAUGACAUACUGUGAUCAUAUACUUAAUAUUAUCAUGGUUUAAAUUUUUUUUUUUUUAAUGAUUUGAGGCGUUAUUAUUUAAAUAACCCAAAGGUUGAUACUAAACUAGAUGUUCAUAUAAUAUACUUAACACGUCGAUGAAGUCGCACUUACAUUGAAGUGGCGUCUAUCUGAAACCAAGUCAUAUGGUGUCAGAUGCAUGUCCACAAAUUGGAUGGUCAUUGGAUUAACAUAGUGAUCUCGCCUCAUCUCUUGUUUGCGAGCAAACCUUUGUAUUUCGUGUGCUAUUUGUAUAGGUAGUGCAUAAUAUCACGGUGAACUGAGUCGUUUUUUUUUAAACCAGUAGAAGAUGCAGUAAUGGUCCGAAGAGCGAUGACAGCGCUAUGUUAGGUACCUACAUCGAUAUUAGACUUACUGGCACAGCCCACCCCACAGUUGAAUGCUAUUGGUUCAAAUUGGUUUUAUAUUGGCUAUACAUGGUAACGGUUUGUUUUCUGUAGUUAACUCGGAGUGGUGUUUAAAGUAUUAACAAUUUUAAAAAAAUUUCCCCACUUCCCAAUUAAAAUUCCUGGCUACGCCACUACCCCCUCCCCCGUUCUAACCCAUGUAAGUUUUCGGGACGAGGAUCAAACGCCGCGCCGCGAUGAUAAACGUUAUCGCCGUGAUGUCAAUAUCAAACGAAACAACAAGAAUAAUAAUAACUAUAUAAUAAAUUAUUAAUCAUCGGUCGCGGUUCGUAAUAAUAAUAUGCGUCACACACACGGUCGAGUGCCACUGCCGCGCUUAUCGGAUAUUUUUUAUUUAAACAGCGACUCAUUAUACAAUGUUAAUGUUAUUAUUAUUAUCGUGUACGCGAGGAGAUUGUGUGUACACAAGAAGCCGCCGACGUCGCCUUGAGACCACCCGGUAUUUUAUCGGGGCGAACGAGGGGCCGGGGGCGCCGUCGUUUCGUCAAGAUUGUAACGAUUAAUGAUGUUUAUAAUAUGGGGCUUAUUCACACUUGGGGGGGAGGAAAGUUUUUUUUCAAAUACUCUACCCUUUAUAAUACCCUGAUAAAUGCAGUUACCCUUUAACUUUUUAACGUUUACCGUAGAUGUUUAAAACUCGACCAGCGGCGUAACUAAGGAAAAAAUUUCGGAAAUUAAAUUUUUUACUGUCGCAUUAUUUUAUUAUAAAUACCUAUACUUACGAUCGGCCAGAAUUUCUCAGUUUUAAAUAAUAUUAUAAUGUUCAUAAAUUGCAAUAUUAAAAAGCCAGGCAAUUUUGCACGCAGGUCCAGCCACUGUUGUAGGUGAGGAGUUUGGUAGUAGAGUGUAAAUUUAAUGUAAACGAUAAACCAUUUCUAACGAAAAAACGAUUCUGAUCGGAGUUUAGUUGAUAGUGUUGCAUUGUCAACAAUACGUAUGCCAUAUUAUGGUAAAAUAUUUACACUGACAUUGCAUAUUUUCUUUAAUUAUAUUUUCCUAUAUUCCCAUAUUUACCAUAGUUUUUCUGGUUUUUCCAAUUUUCUGGGAAAAUUCCUGGGAAAAAUCAAAUUGGAGCAAGAUUUCUGGUAAAGAAGUUGUUCACAGAAAAAAAAAUCUUUGUAAAACCAUAAGCUUCUUCGCUCCACUCAGAAUCUAAAAAAGGAAAAAUUGGCGUAAGUAACAGAACUCUGUUAUUAGAGUCGAAUUUCCCCUACCCCUUAUUUUAUAUUAUCAAAAUAAUACCGAUAUUAUAUAGAAUAAUACUGCAUUAUAUAGGUAUUUGUUAAGAAAAAAUAAAAAAAAAUAGUGAUAAUUAUUCAUUCAAAUGUCAGAUGGGAAAUGUGAAACGUGAAAUUUCUCAAAAGCCACAUCCUCAAUAUUAACACCGUGUACAUACAAAAUUUUACCCCCUAGCUUUAUUAGGUGAAUCUGUUGAAUGAAAAUUCAAGGCUAUAAAACAUCCAAUACCCGAGUUCGACAUCAUUUAAUCUUGAGGCAGCCUAAAUAGCUCUAGUGCCCUCAAGGAGGCAAUAUCGCCUACUUUGGGAAACAUUGAUAUAGAGUGAUAAAGUCAACUGACCCUUUGAUUAGUCAUAAUUGACUCGUGCAGUUAAACAUAUUAUAUACAAAUAUGAAAAAAUUUUAAUAUUAUUAAUUUAAAACGGAGUUUUCGAUCGUGUUAAACUUAUAUCGAUAAUAUUCACGUAGGUACAACAAAAUAUCGGGUUAGGUAUUUUUUAUAUCGAAAUAAUCCAUAUCUGUGUUAAUAAAGUUAAUAUUAUAUAUGUACGUAUAUUAUGAGUAUAAGUCAUAAAUACGAGUACCUAUAAAAUACAACGUGAAUUAAACAAGAUCUCGGAAACGGUGUGAAGGACAGAUCCCCGAGUGCACAUUAAGCAAAAUACGUGUGAGCUCUCAGAAACACAACACUUUUUAAGUAUGCACCUUAUCAGUUGUCAUCCAAGUCAACAUGCGUUCUAAUAGCAUCUCAACGGAUUAACGCAGUGUCAAUAAAACCUAGGAUAAUAGUUUUAAUCUACUUAUUGUAGACAAAAUUCAUGGCUUUUUUUAUCCUCUAAUCUAAACCUGUCGUGGUUUUCUAGAUUUUAGGUUAUGGGUUUCAAAUAAAAUACCGCCGGGUAAAAAUGUCCUACUGUUUGAGGUAUUUCACUAAUCAAAAAAGUAUUAAAAUACAAAAAGUGAAAUUAAUAGGAAGAAGUAUUGAGAAUUUCGAACAAAAUUUAAUUUAAAACAUUAUUGGCCGAAUAAUCCGCAUCUUUUAAAAUAUAGCGCGAAUGUAUUUUGACUAAUGUUAAAAAAGUGUAAAUAAAAAAACAUUUUUGUAAAACUAGCUUCUUCGCCGCACUCAAAAUCUAAAACAUAAAUCUGUUAAAAAAAUGUGGGACACACGAAAUUUACCUAAAAAAUUAACCCCCCCCCCCGCUCCUGAACAAAAUCAUUACUAUACGCCGCUGCCACAGAGUAUUCAUAGUAUACAUUCAUAUUAUCGUAUCACAGUGUACGGUAUAAAUUAUACCGUAUAAUAAUAAUUAAUUUACCGAUUAUUAUUUUAUUUUAUUAUUUUAUCCGUCGUCCGUAGUCCCAUAAUUCUCAUGACGCGUAUGUCAUAAUGUUAUACGGGCGCAUUGUUGCGGGCGGGUGAGUACAUUAAUAAAUGCGUCUCGUUUACAAAAUACUAUUGUAAACGUAAAGUUUUUUCAUUUUUUUUUUUGUUUCUAGUCGUCGGCGUUAAUAGUUAUUACCAUAGAUUUAAUUUACGAUAUUACGGACUCGGUUUUUCUCGAAGCAUAACGUCAUGACGAGCAACGCGUUAAAUCGUUAAAACAUAAUACUAUACAGAGCGAUCGUAAUUUUAAGUCAUAGUGAUUUUCUCGUAUAUGAAAUUGAAAUAUAAUUAUUAAAAUAUUUAGGAAGUGACAAAUUUAUCUGUGAAAAAGUCGUAAUUAAAUCGCAAGUGUCAAAUCGCCGAAUUGUUAAAAGUUGGUUAUUUACAAAACAAAAAAAAAAAGCGGGAAAAAUCUCUAUUUUUCGUGUGAAAUGUGUCAAGUCAAUUUUAAUCGAUGUAUGUUGUUGUAUUAUAUUAUGUUUCUCAAUGCGUGCGUUUUAGGAUUAGUAGGAAUGAUCUCUCCGCUCUUCGUAAACUUCAAGUUAUGUCGCACACUGCAGUGACUUAAACUAUACAAUUCGCCUUUCAUAUACGUCGUGUGUAAGAAAAGUUAUUGUUCAACUUAAUUUGUAUUUUAUGUUUUUUUUUUAAUUAAGUGUCAAUGAAAAAUAAUUUAAACCAAUCCGUAUAAUAAGUUAAGUUAUUUUUAUUUUAUUUAAAAUUUGAAUUUGAUAAAAAAAAAAACAGCCGAAUUUUAUAAUUUAAUAAAAAAAAAAUUGUGUUAAACAAUAUUAAGAAUAAUAUUUUAACAAAAAACUUCCCUGAGAGCGAUUUCAAAUAGAUAUUAGAAAUGGAAUACUUUGUAUACUUUUUUCUCUACCUAGUUUUAGAUAAUAUCUAAAUGAGCAAAUAUUGCUAUAAAAUAAAAUUUUUUGAUCGCCCUGUAUAUUUUAAGAAUAGAUCGAAUACGAAUAAUUUACGAAAAAUGACACUAUCUCUCUCGGCAAUGGGAAAAAUAAAAAAAUAUAGAUAAUAUUAUAUUCCUCGUUCCGCAGUCCGCACAGAAACUAAAACUGCAAACGUCAACGUUUUCGUCUUCACGUCAAACGAGCCGCUUAUUCAAUGGAAUAAUUUAUUAGAUUUUUUUUUCCUAUCCCCCCGUAACAUUACAAUAAUAAUAAUGAUGAUGAUAAUGAUAAUAACAGCGUUGGUAAUAAUCGGGCGCGGCGGCACUGUCGGUAAAUUCAUUAUCGUGGGCCCGCCGCCACUCCGUUGUAAUUAAAACCGAAUGCGAAUAUAAUAAUAUAAUAUUACGAUUAUCGUUGUUAACAAGGGGGCACUUGAAACCUAGAAAAAAAAAAUUAUUAUUUUUAAUGACUUAAUACACUAGUGUAUUAAUCAGUAACGUCGACUUUCGUUUGUGCGGCGCGCGUCGGCGAAACCAGCCGAGAUGGAUAUAACAAAAUAUUCGUAUUAUUGUAUAUUAUAACAUUUAUUAUAGUACUAUAUUAUAUAAUGUGUAAGUAUACCUCUAUCUCUAAUGCACGGUUUGUUGUCUCGAUUAGUAACGCAUAGUAUGGGUAACGAAAAAAAAAAACAGUAAGUUGGAAUAUUUUUUAUUUAUUUUUUUCUGAAAAAAAAAAGACUUCGCUGUUCAUUUAAAAUAAUUAAUAAAUAAUAAUCACUAUCGCAAAUAAUGUUGAUCAAAACAAGACUCUGAUAGGUAUUAACUGGUUAAAAGGGUUAAACGUUCAGUUCGGUAAUUAUUAAAAUAUUAAAUAAUAGUACCAUUAUGGUGCCAAUUAAUGGUUUUUAACCCUUUUUUUUAUGUAUACUGUAACUUUUACUUACCGUACUAUGUUAACUAAUAACGAGUCAAUUUUGUAUAGUUACAUCGCAUUAGGACAGUAUUCAUUUUUUUCUUAAAUUGUACAAUGUAAAAUAGUUGAAUUUCCCGUUGUAUUUACUGAAUACGGUUUCACCCGUAUCCCUAUUACAGUUAAUCGUGGUUAUCUGGAAAUUUGUCUGUCUUUCAAAAAGGGGACCCAGAAAUCGACCAAAAAGUAAUUCAAUUUAUUUAUAUUUCGUGAUUAAAAGUAGACAAUGAACUUGCUUUUAAUGUUAAAAGUGUGCAAGGUUUCAUCAAGAUCGGAAUAAAACUGUAGAUUUUUAUUGUGGACUGAUAAACAGACAUACGGAUGCAAUUUUAAUUUUAUGUAUAAGAUAUUAAAUUUACAAUCUGCAAUACUACAAAUAAUAUUAGUAUAAAGUACAAGAGGAGAUUAUUGAUACAUUAUUAACAUGCCGUGCCGCCACACAAAUAUUAUGCUCCACUACCAUCCCCCGAUCAAAACUUGAAAGUAGAUAAUCUCGUUAACGUGUUGACAGAAAUCAAAACGUUCAAUACCAAUUUUUAUUUUAACUAAUAUUCCAUAUAUUUAUGGAAUUUUUAAUAUAGGUCGUCAUUUGAAAUUCAAAAGUAAGUAAUGGUUUUAACCCCGAAAAUAAAGGUGACAAAAUAAUAAAAAAAUUUUAAAAUGGUAGAGCUGCUUGUUUCUUAUAUAUUCUAUAAAAUAAAUUCCAAAAAAAUUUAAUAUUUUCCGAUUUAAAUACCUACUUAAAUGGAUCACCUUGUAUAUGAUGUAAAUAAUGUAUAAAUAUAUUUUUUUAAUUUAAUAACAAGGAUGGAGUUCAGAGUUUAAAAUAAACAUAAUUUGAUUUUCACUAGUUUAAACCUCCAAUAUGCCGAGUAAUUUUUUUUUUUCGUUAACUACUCAUUAUCCCGGAAAGUAUUAAUUUUAUAUUAAAUUUUUUUGAAAUCUGUUUUAUAGAAAAUUAAGAAAUUAGCAGCUCUAGAAUUUUACGUUUACAUUUUUUUUCACCCUAAUUUUUGGGAGAUGAAACAACGGACGGCUAGAAAUUUCCGGAGAGUAAUAGAACGGACUGUAAAAAUUCGGAAUAUGAAACUCAGUAAAUGUCCGAACUGUAAUCUGUCGAGAAAAUAAAUGCUCAGCCAAAAUAUUCUGGACUGUAAAAUCCGGAAAACAUAAAUGCCUAAAUCAGAAAGCCCCGGACAAUAAUAAUCCGGAAUACAAAAAUAUGCACACUGUAUGCCCCGAACAAGAAAUUUCCUGAAUGUUACGUACAAGAAUAAUACAGAAUUUCAAAAACACUUUCAAUACUGAUAAUUGUGACACCGCGUCUGAGCAUUUGUCCAUAUCUGAAAACAGCCAUAAAAUCAUGAACCUUCUUUUAAUCUUAAUUUGUUUAUUUUGUUUGUACUGUGUAUACAAAACAUCGCCAUCUAUCAGUGUUUUUUUGUUAAAUUCCGAAAAUUUCUUGUCCGGGACAUUAUAGUUUGCGUAUUUUUGUAUUCCAAAUUAUUAUAGUCCGAGAUUUUUUGGUAUAGUCAUUUAUGCUUUCCAGAUUUUUACAGUCCACUGUUUUCUUGUUUAUAAAUUUAUACAUUCCGGAAUUUUACAGUCCGUAUAAAUGCUGUUGAUGGUUUUUUUCCCGGAAUAUUACAGUCCGCAUGUUUACUGAAACUUUCCGGAUUUUUACAGUUCGUCUGAUUAUUUUCCGGACAAUUCUGUUUUACCGAAACGACUACCUACUUUUGAUUUUCAAAUAGCAAACUAUAUUAAAAAUCCCAUAAAUAUUGAUGGAGUAUUAGUUAGAAUGAGGUAUUCCGACCCUAAAUAGUUGGGACGAAGGCGAAGGAGAAGAAGAUGUAGUUUUUUGAAAAGUAUUUAAACUACGUAUUUGAGUAUCUACUUAAAAAUUAUGUUUGAAUAUUUUUACUCAAGUACUUUCCAACACUGAGUAUACCUUAUGGGAGCACCGCUGAAUUUUUUUUUUACUUAAAUACUAUAUUAUCACUACUUAUUUAUUUUCCAUUUGAUUUUUUUCCUACAGUCUGCUUACAUUCUAUAUAAUAUUUUUAUCAUAAUGAGAGUUGUACGGUCGUGUUUUAGACGCCACGUGAUGAACGUGAAAAAGCAACAGAUGCAGCUGCAGCUGCAGCAAGAACCGCAGCGCCACCGACAGGAUGCCGCCACCGGUUUUGGGACCCUCGCCCGGGACAGAUCGGCACAGCAGCUGUCUAAUCACGGCCAUCAGUACCGGCAGGAUUCGCCCGGACAAGCCGCGAACGUUCAAUCGGAGACAACGGCUGAUCGCGAGUCAGUCCCGGUGUCGCCGGGACCCGCGUCUCCGUUAUCCUUGCCCAGUCCAUACUACGACCGGAAUCCCGUUGUUGGAUUUCCGCCGCAUCACCACCACCAUCAUCACCACCAGUAUCAUCACGCGUCGCCAAAGUCCCCGGUCGCUGCCGUGCCGCUGGCCAACGUACUGAACGUCGUCGACCAGGACAACAAUCCCAAAGUGAGUGUUACAUUACUAUUGAAGUCGAUGGCAUAUUCAGGAUUGUUAAUUGGAAGGGCUGAAUUUGAAAAACAUUAAAAAAAAAAAUUGUUUGUACUUAUUAAUCGAUAAUAGUAGUGAGAAUUUACAUUAAUUAUUAUUUUAAUAGUACCCAAUAAUAUUAUUUAAUGCUGAAUAGGUUUUGUGUUUAACACGGCUGUAAGACUCUUCUCUUCUGUGUGCGCCAUUGAAUUUAUAGUGCAUUACUAGAUACGAAAAUGUAUAAUAAUAUAUUUAAUAUAUUAUUGUAAAUUGUCGUAAAGACACAUUUUGUCUUUACUUAAAUAAUAUGUAAUACGGGUAUAUUAUAUUUAUGUCAGAUUGCAUGAAAAUAGUUCUGUAAACUGUCGGUUGAUGAUAUUUUGGUUUAGUAAUUAGAGUUAUUGAACACUGCACGGCCGCUACUUAUAUUGACGAAAAUAGACCGAUGAAAUAUACUGCUAUUGGCUAUUGUACAUAAACACGAAUAUUCAAAGUUAGUAAAAAAAAAAGUAUAGUAAGUACUAUAUUUUAUGUUUAAAUCUAGUUUAAAUCAUACUAAAGUAUGAUUGUAUUCCCAGUCCACUUCUUUUAAAAGCAGCGUCGCGCGGCGGCUUUAUUGACCGACCACCAUCACUAAUGCUUAUCUUGGAAUUUGAAUAUUAUUUUUGAGUUUGACUCACAGCUGCUGUCAUCAUCUAAUAUACCUAAAUAAAAGUACCUACACGUUUAUCGUACUCAGUUAUCGAACACAGACGUUACAGUGGAAUUUUGUUUUACUAAUCACUAAUACAUUCUGCAGUAUUUGACUUCUGUUGUCACUUGAUAUAUUUAGUUACAUCGUAUUAUGUAACAAUCUAUUUGAAUUUAAAUUCUGGAGUUUAGGAAAGUACAUUUUUUUAAAUUAUAAUUUACACCUAUUUAAUUAACUACAGCUUUUAUAAUUGUUUAUAAAUUUAUAAUUAUUAUUGGAUAUCGAUAGUCAAAAUGUACAAACGACUUUACAGUCAAGUAAAUUUCUUCGACUUCCCAAUUUUAAAAUAUGACAUAUUUCUUGGUCCAUUCGUUAGUAUCCUAUUAGUAUUAGAUAGUAGAAUAAAAAUUAUCGUUAUUAAAUAGUAGGUUUUUCUUUUUAAAUUAAAAAUUUAAUUUUUUUACACCUUUAAAACACUCCACACAAUCAAAUUACAAUUGAUCAAAAUAUACUUUUCUAGAAAACUUUUAUUCUAAAAAUUGUUUGUAAACCAAAUAAUAAAUCAAUCUUUUAAGUUCUCGAUUUAUCAACGAUCCUCUGAUUCUCUAUAUUAUACAGGUGUUGCAUAUUUUAUGGUUUUCUCAUUUAGAUAAAUGGAUAUUUAUGUAAAUGUUGUAAUUGAAUUAAAUAAAAUUAAAAAAAUACCUUAUUGUUUGAUCAUUUUAUUUUAAGGACAAAUUUUGAUUUUGGCGUAUUUUUUUUUUUUGAUUGUAUACUCCGGAGUAUUAUUUCUAAAUAAACAGUUAACAGUGUGUUGUUUUUUCUCUAGUAUAUUAUCCCAUAAAAACGGAAGAUCCUAAAAUCCGUUUAGUUGUUUUACCAAAGCAAUGAAAACAUUUGUACUUUGUUUAUUUACGUAAUUUGUAUUUAUUUAUUUGUUAGUCCCUCGCAUUUUAUUUAUUUAUAAAUCUGGCGCCCCACAAUGGCGGAAUCCGCUGGAAUCAACAGAAACGUGCCGAGCGUUUUCCAGUUUUACCGAACGAAAUAUUGUAUAUUAUACGUGAUACGUAACGUAAACUUAGCAUUUUAGUGUACAGGGUGAUCCAUUUAUUAUGAACUAUAUCGAUUUUCCUGGAAGAUUUCAACUGAAUUCGAUUUCUGGUUUUUUUUUUCUAUCAUAUGAAAUCGUUUAAACUUUAUUUUAACACUAUUUUCAAUUUUUACACCAACUUCUUGUGGUAUAAGUGAGUUACGGCUUGGCGUAUUGAUUGUAAUGUCGGAGACCGGUAAAUUCCAGCCCGGUAAACUUUUGGGCUGUAUGUUCAUAAUUAUGUAUAAAUUACCGUAUCAAAACCGGUAUAUUAUCUAAAAUAUAACGGCGGAGAUAAAUAUCGAUACGCGUCUACAAUUCAGACGUAAAAUAUUACACUGUCACUCGCAUGGUCGUGGAAUUUGUUAAUAAUGAAAAAUGUAAGUCACUUAUCAUCUACAAAGACUACGAAUUCUGUGGUUUUAUAAAACACUUAAAGUGUUAUACUACGAUGACCACGUUGUGUAAAAAAUUGUAAGUGUUUAUAUAAACAUCUCUUAAAUAUAAACAAAUUGUAAGCAAUACUCCGAAAAUAAAAGGAUUAGAAAACGCAUUUCCUGGAUAACGCUAAUAGUCUAAUAGGUGUAUCAAUGAAAUGGUAAUAAAGAAUAAUUAUUAUGUGGCCUCAAUUCGUACGUCCUUCUCGUAAACCCAGGCUGCAAUAUGUCCCUUUCAUAAAUCCGAACGGCAACUUGUAUUUAAUUUAGAGACCGGACUGCAAUUCACCAACACCAGGGAAAACAAAUAUCAGUGACGUGGUCCUUUAAACGUUACAAUUUAUAAUGGUUGUAGAAAAAAUAGAAAUCAAAUUCAUUUAAAAUCCUCCGUAGAAAAUCACUGGUUCGUGAUAAAUGAACAGGAUAAAAUAUAUCCUUUAUAACGUAAUCAAAUUGUAAUUUUGAAAGCAUACAAAUGUACAGAGUUAAAAAAAAAAAAAAUAAAUGCAUAAAUAAUUGUAUAAUGGUUUAUAUUAUUAUAAUAAGAAUCCAACGACUAUAGUAUAAUAAAUUAAAUGUAAAUAUCUAUAUAGACAGCAUGACAUAAUAUAAAGAAAAAAAAAUGUAUGAGAAAACGUUUUUUUUUCCUCUUUCGACACGUUUCUUGUCCGAUAAUAAUAUUAUAAUAAAAAAUAUUCUCAUCGAUAAUAAUGCAUUUUUACUACGUUCGAUGAUUAAUAUUAUUAUAAUGCAGUGUCCGCACUAUUAUUAUUGUAUAAUAAUAUAUACUAUAUAAGAAAUUAUUAUUAUUACUGCGGUUGCGUUGACGGAAAAAUCGUCUAAUAUAACUAUCGUCGUUUAAUUCGUCAUGUAAAUACUUCCACCGCCAGUGGCGGUGUGACAAGUUGACAAAAAUCUGAAACGGAAAUAUUACUUCUCCACGCCGUCGGGUUGUAUUAUACGGAAUCUGUUUUUUUUUUUUUAUUACAUUAAUAAAUAAAAAAAAAAGGUUACCAUCAUAAAAUGUUAGUCGUUUGUCGUUGUUGUUGUGCAUUCCGAGUAGUCCGAGUGGGGCAGAUAGCUGUAAAAUAUAAUAUAUUAUAUGUUACAGGGUGGUCAUUAAAGUGUUUCGUUAACUUUUUCCGAAUUCGUUUUUUAGAAUAUUUAAGAAACGAGCCCUUUAAAAUAGUACCGUUAUUUUUUUGUCUUAUUUUUAGCGGUGAAACCACUCGUGAUUUCCAAAUAGCCAUCUAUACGUAAUCAUAGUUCUUUAAACAUACGGAGUUUUGGUUUAAAUACAUGUCGGUGUUGAUAUUCCACAUUUGAGUUCGUUAUUUAAUGAUAGUUAGGGAGUGAAGAGAAUGGAAUAUAUCGGCCACGAGUCUACGGAAAUCUAUUUUUGGGGUUUUUAAUAUAAGUUAUACUAUUUAUUAGAAAUCAUUAGCCGGUUGUGUGGAAUUUUAUCCCUUCUCCCACAAAAAUAAAGGUGACCAAAAAAAAAACGUAACAUUUUAGAGCUGCAUAUUUCUUACAUUUUCUAAAAAAAAAAAUAUCCAUUGAAAAAUUGAUUAUACAUAUUUUCUGUGAUUUUCUUACGACUAUGUAUAAUAUGUUGUUCAUUCUGUAACACAUGCAACGAAAGGCACCUAAAAUAGCAGGCAGUAAAAAUAAAAUGAAAAAAAGUUAUAUAGUAAAACAGUGUAGUAGGCUAAUAUAAUUAUUUACUCGAAUCGGAGCCAGAAUAAUUUCCAAAUUAAAAACCAGGAGUUCCUAAAACUUUUAAUCUAAGUAGAUACAUGCAGUUUUAACUAUAUUCAUAAGAACAGUAGCAAUUGUGAAUAGUAUGUUACGUAUAUAUUUUAUUACUAUAAUUUAUAUAUGUGUUCAGACAAUCAAAAAUGAUAGACAAAUUAGAAUAUUUAAGUCCAUGUUAUAUAUUAGGAUAGCCAGAUUGUCCAGAUUAAAUUUUUAUAAAAUCAGGGGCUCUCAUUACGUAGACACCGUAGACACCUUGUAGUUUUCAAUGUUGUGACCUUUAUCUUAAGCCAAAGAGGUUUUUUUUUAUUAUUUCACAGUAAAAAUCUUCGCUUUAUAUUGACGCGUUUUUGUUAGUUUUUUUCCGGAACAUUAUUAUGCAAAAGUAUAAAACGGGAACAAAACGCGGUGUCCCGAGAAACUUUGUCGGGAUAUGGGUUCCUAAACUGGCAAUGAUAUGAAAAAUCCAGGACAAAUGGCCAUCCUACAUAAUGUAAUAUAAUAUAUGUUUAAUUAAAAUAUCCAGUAGUUGAAAUGUCUAAAUACGUAUGGUCCUUAAAAUGUCAAAGUUAUUAAACUCGAUUAAUUUAUCAAUUCGUUUUAAUCAUUAAUUGUACCAUUUGGAUCGAAUAAUAAUUUGUAGCGGAAAGCAGUCGUCCUUAAGUGUAUCAUAACCUAGCCCGCCUCUAGUUGUAUAAUAUAAUUAUGUAAAAUUGUACGUUUUUUAAUAAUCUGGAAAUUUAAUGUCUGAAUUGUCUAAAUUUUGGAACCUAUUUUUUGGACAUUUUUUUUUUAAAUUGGUUUUUGAUGUUGGACAUUCAAAAUACUUGCACGCUUUUUACAUUUGACUUGCAUAUGUAUAUUGGACAUAUUAUACGUACUGCACAUUUUCUUUUUUCAAUUACCUAUUGGAAAUUUUAACUUAGAACCAUUAUAAUAAUAUAUCUUUGGUCCCAGCCUCCAGAGAAGAGGUGCUUGAGUCUAUUUUGUCUGAUGUAAUUUUUUUCUCUUUUCAUUUUUGGGCUAAUCGUAUAAAUGUAUAUAUAUAUAUAUAUAUUUAAAAUAAUUAGUGUAUGAAGUAUAUUAGUGUAUUUUAGUUUGUGAAAAAGCGUGUACUUAUGUAUUUUCAAAAUUUGAUUUGAUUGUAUUGAAAAAUGUACAAAAUUGACUUUUCUUAUCUGUGACACAUCUACAUUAUAUUAUUUUAUUUACAGCUGCGGUAUCAAUAAUUUAUCUUUUUACGCCCGCGCGUUAGUACAUCAGUCAAUAAAUAAACACGUCAUGCAAAAAUUGGCGAAAAACGCGCUAGGGGUAUAUUGGUUUCAUUAUUUAUGAUGUGCAUUUUGUAUUGGUUUUGUCUGUCUGUAAAUAAUUUGUCUACCAGAAAUAUCACUCCAAUCAAUAAACGACAAAACAUCAUUUUUAAAUAAAUUUAAUACAUUUUGUCUAGUCUGUAAUUUGUGGCCUUGUGCAGAUUAUAUUUUAAUUUUCCUAUUACGCAAUUGGAAAAAAAUUGACAAUUUUAUGAAAUAAUAAUGGUUUCUGUUAUUUUCAAUUUUGUUUUGAUUUUUGAACGUACGCGUUACACUGCCCCCUCGUUUAGAUUUUGGGUUUUCCUAUACCACUACCAUUUAAUUCGUCAUUUGUUUGAAUUUAUUAUUAAUUGGACUUCCUACGACCGAAAUACUGAUGGUGAUGGAUACAAUUCUAAAAUAUCUCAAACACAACCAAACAAAUGGCAUACUAAAAUUUGUAGACUAAAAAAACGUUUUUAUGGCCCCGCUCUCAUUAUUAACUAAAUACUCGUAGUAUUUGAAAACCAAAAUCCGGAAAAGAAGGGGGCAGUAUAAUGCAUAUGUUUGGUGAGAAAUUUAUUGGUUUUUACUAUACGAUGUGUUUUUAGAACAAUUUUUGUGUCGUCUGUGAAUUAUGUUUCUAUUAGAAAUUUUAUUCUGGUUUUCAAGCGAAGAACCUUUUUUGAAAGAAGGUUUUAUCUAGUUGAUCUAUUGGAGCGGUUAAUUUUUAAUUUUUCUCACAGUUUUCUUAAGAAAUGUGCAGAGAGACAGGGAAAAACGUAGGAAAAACGAGAAUGUUUACGGAAAUAACGCUUUCGUUAUUUUUGAUUUUUUUUUUUUUUGUAAAUUAGUGAGAAAUAAUCUAAAGGACAUGCAAUUUUCACACAAUACUUAUAUUCACCUUUUUUAGGCGUGGUAACAUUUAAACCAUUCGGAAGGUUUUCAGCUAUACCUAUUUAUUAACAUUUGACAUUUUCCUUAUGUUUGGUUUCAUAUAAAUAGUUUUUGUCUAGCAGAAAUGCUUGACUGUUUUACUUGAAGUUCGUGAUAAGUUGUACUUAUUAGUAAAAAGUAAACUUGAACGUAAUUUAGUAAUUUUUUAAUGUUUAAAUGUUAACGAAAAUCAGUAAAAAUCGGCCAUUGGGUAUAUUAAACUAUAUGUUUUUAAUUGAAAUUUACUAGGAAUCAUAAAUUGUUGGCUAUAAUUUAUCGUUGCGCACAGGUGUAAAUUAAAGUUAAUGUCGCACUUGUUCUGUGUUCAUAUUUCUGCCUUCAACUUACUGUCUAUGCACAUCACUCAUUAGCAUUAAAUAUCAGCUACUUUUUUUUUUUUUUUAUACAUUACCUCUUCUCAGUUAUAAUAUGCGUAUUUUUCGCAGGCGAGCGGCAUAGUUUAGCUGUCAUUAUGUAUUUCCAUUAUAUAAUACUCGUAUAUAGUUAGUACCCAUACCUGUAAUGAUAUUAAAAGUUACAUCAUUGUCAACUUUGUUUUUAUAUUUUUUUUUCGGGGGCAACUGAGUGUGGUUAUCGGCGCGCACAUUUUUUGUUACGGUUUUAUCAGCUGACUUGGCCGCAACGAAGAAUCGCGAAGUAUUUCACCGCGUAUAUGUACAAUAAACAUUAUUGUCAUUGGGAAUAGUCCUCGUGUCUGCGUAUUAUACUAUUAUUGUUGUUAUUAUUAUUGUGUAGACGUGUGUUCGUUGACCGUUCGAACCAAACAGCUGUACUGGCUGGGGGGGGGAGGGGGAUACAGGCUCCUCGUCCGGCCGUGUUGCUCGACGGGUUUCGCGUUUGAAUUGCGCAGGUCUUCGGAAUGGCCAUUCCAAGUUCCCGGGCCCUUUGUCGGGUCAAAGCGAAGACUUUGGAAUUCGAAUAAUAUGCGCGCGCGCGGACGGACGCACAAUACUCACAUACCGUCGGACAAUAAUAUUAUUAUUGUCGUGUUAUUUUCCGUAACUGAACAUUUCUCGACCUAUUAACCUAACCUGCUAUAACUAACAUUACCAUAUAGUAUUAUUAUUAUUAUCAUUUAUCCGCGUAGAUAUUUUAGUAUAUACAAAUAACGAUAGUAUUCGAAAGUACCUAUAUAGGUACCAUAGUAAUAAUAUAGGAAUAAAUUAUUAUUAUAACCGCUGCAGUCGUAAACGCGAGAGGUAUUAUAUAGGUGAAUAUAGGUAAUAAUAUUAUAUACGGUGAGAGAGUUAACCGCGGGUAUUACCGGCUAUAUUAUGGUAAAUACCUCGGUAAUAAUAAUAAAAAAAAACAAACAAACAAUAUAUUUUUUUUUUUACUCGGAUAUUUUGACAUUUUUUUUUUUUUAUCACUAGCGUCGAAUCGCUCAAGCGCGCCCUUGAACGGUUUUUUAUUCUCCCGGAGUUUUCUUCAUCUUCGUCUCCCCCGGUGGGAAGCUCCGGGAUUCGGGAGAGUUUUUCGUCUCGGUAUUACGUAAUUAAACACCUAUUUCUUGCGCGUACCUACUAUACAAUAUUACAAUAUAUGAAUAAGAUAAAAAAAUAAAAUACAUAUAUCAAUCGGCGAAAUACGGAAUUCGGUUGUUGUUACGAAAUUAUCAUACGGGUAUAGCUGUUCACGUGGAACAUAACCGAAUUAUUGUGUUAUGUUUCCGGUCGGUGAUAAGAUUAUUUUUUAAUUAAAACCGGCACAUUCACGGUAAAAAUUCCAGUGAAAUAUACAUUUUUGAAAGGGGUUCUCUAGGAAUAAGGUGUAUUUCGAGUAUGCAUCAUAAAAUAAUUAUGAAGUAUACUUGGUUCUGAUCGGAAUUAUUUGAUUCGAUAAAAAUAGAUAGGUACACUCACAGAGCGAAACUUUUAUUUGGCAUUUUUAUUGACAAUUAUGUAAUUAAUGUUUAGAUUCCGUGCGCAGUGAGUAAAUAAUUUUAGAUUCUAAGUGAAAGAUUUUAAUUUUUUACUUUUCUUUUUAUCUGUGCGCAACUUUUCUACCACAAGACCUGCUUAAAUUUUUAAGUAUAACACCUUUUCUGAAAGCAUCUGUGUAAGGGGGUAUUUUAAAAAGGUCAUUUUUUGGUUUUCUCAGAAGUUUUCUUAUCAAAUUUGAAAAACCGAAAAAAAAAACGGUAAAUGUAUGAAAUAUAUUACUAAAAUAUUACAUUUUUUUUACCGUCCGUGCACAACUUUUCAACCAGCAAUUUUGAUUCUGCUUAUAGUUAUAGCCAUGUUUUUAAAAAAAAAUUGCACUAGGAAGGUACUUAAAAAAGGUCCAAUAAUGUAUAAGGUUUUAACGAAUUUUUCAUUCAUUAUGCUUACGAUUUGUAUUUCUUUUAUCAUUUUGUAUUCCCGUGAAGACAAGGACAAUGCGCUCCAAGUAGUGGCAAGUACUCGUAUACUUAUACCCAAUUUCAUUCGUGUAAUAGAUUAACUUCAAAAGUGAAACUCUUAUUUACCAUUUUUUAAUAUUUUUCCAGUUUAAAAAUCGUUAACCAGCUAGUUUUUAAAUAAAGACUAUUAUAAGUCCGAGUAAAGCAAACCUCGCCCCUAUGCAGGUAACCCUUUUUACAGAUUUUUUUCGGAUCAUUUUGCGCGCUGACCAAUUUAAUUAAGUUUUUUAAAUUUAAAAACUCAAUAAUAUUCUGAAUCGAAGUUUUUACAUUUUGCUCUUUUGUGCUGGUACCCGCAUAAUGGAAAUUUGAUCCAAAACCUUUGUCACCGAUUUUUUUGCCAUUGUACAGAUCCAUAACAUAUUCAUUUAUACACGGUGCACUCUCCCCCUAACCUGAUAGCAUUGAUUUUCAAAUUGUGAGUGCUGGGGAGACGUCAGAAAUAUUUGUUUAGUCAUACUUAUUAAUUGAUUAAAUUGGUUGUAAUUAAUUAAAGAAUUAAAGAAUAAUAAAAUAAUAAAAUUAAAAGUAAUUGAAGAAUGGUUACAAAAAUGUAUAAAAUAAGUAAAGUUAUUAAAGGUUUCAUCUAUAAUAUUAAUUAGACUUUAUCUAUAAAAUGAUGGUAUUUCAUUUCGGUUUAUAGGUUCCAUGUUUAUUUAAUAUAUUAUAAUCUACGUACCUACCAAAGUAUACCUAUAUUUAGGGUAUACAUUAUUGAAUGGAUAUUUUUCGUAUUGUGUAAAAUAAUUUGGAUAAAUACUUUUCAUGUUAAUAAUAUACACAUUUAGAGUAUAGAUGGGAUAUUUUACGUUUAUAUACGUUUAGUAUACAAUAACAUAUCAGGUUGAAAUGAAUUUAAAUUAACAAUAUUAAGUAGGUUGGUGUAUACGUAUUUAAUUCCCACAUAAAUAUUAAUAGUGAUGGCCUCAUCGAUAGUUACUUACAGGCUAAAAUACUUAUUCCUGUACCCUUUAUUUACUAGAUAUACGUAUUAUUUUAUAGAAAUGUUUAUUCCCAAAAAUACCAUGACAUUAUCAAUUUUUCAAAAAAAUAAAAACGAAAAUCCAAUAUACGAUAUCGGAAAAGAUAUUACCUACGUGCCUAUCGGCUUAUCACUUUACAUAUUUCCGCAUUUUACAAAUCGCUAGUGUAAGUUUUAUGGGAGGUGUACUAAUGACAUUGCAAUCGUUAAUAUGGUUUUCGAGUUGAUUGGUCAAAUAUUAAAAAAAUCAUGUGCCAGUGAAUAACGUCACGCCAGUAUCCGCUAUUUGAAAAUGGAUUCUAUCGGGUUUGGGAGUUUGUACAAAUGAAAAUUAUCUGAUUGUGAAUCUGUGGAAAAUAAUCGAUAUUCGAAUUUUUAUCAAACUUCCUUAUUUUUCUUAAAUUUUAAAUUUGAUAUCUUUUGCGAUUUUGAUAUGUGCGUAGUUUAAAGACUAUAUUUUUUAACUUCUAAAUAACUAAAAUACAAAUACCAUUUUUUUUCUAAGAGUAUCAAUUUUAAUUGAAACCUAUUUAUUCCAAUUAGUUUUAAUUAAAAAUCAUCAAUUAUUAAAGUUUAAUACGCCCCGAGUAUAAAUGAACUGUCACACUAACCAAACUGAUAUACGAGAUGAUCGCGACCACCUGUGGUCGCGUUUAAAUGAGGAUCAAUUUUAAAAAUAGAAGUUGAACGUUUGAAGAAAAUAAAAAAAAAAACGAAUUCACGCAUUAUACUCGUAUUAUAUAAUAUAUAAUAUUAUAUAGUAUAGUACAAAAUAAAGAAGCGUUUAUAAAAAUGCGUUAUUUAUAAUAAAAAAAAUUAAACCGUCCGAAAUACGGAGAGAAAGAGGAAAAAAACGAGUAGGUAUUUUUCGUUCCGCAACAAUUGAAAAUAGCAUCGAGUUUAAUGACACAAGAUAGGCAGGUACCCAAAGGUAUAUUAGGCUGCACUCUUUGUGUGUACAUAAAUCGUUGAAAUUGAAGUGUGUAUAUAUCUCGUGUUUUUUUUUCGUAGACCUCAUCUCGAUACGCGGGAGGGAACUGUAGAAGUUUAUAACUCUACAUAAUUUAUUGGUAUAAUAUAUAUAUAGUAUAACCAAGUAAUAUUAUUAACACUAUUUUUGUUUUGUUUUUUUUUUAUUUUCAUUCAAAUCGUGACGUUCGUAAAAAGUAAUAAAAAAAAAAAAAAAAAAAAAAAAAAAAAAACAUCUACGAUCUCCCAGAUUUAUUAUAUUAUAUUAUUAUUAUUGCAAUUUAUAUAGUAUAGUAUAUAAUAUACUCGGUGCACCUACGCCGCAGUUCUUAUCUUAAAAUCCAAUUUCGCAAUUAUUACGAAAGUGGAUUUCAUAACAAUUAUUGUUUCGAAAAUCGGUCGAAACAUUUUUAAUUAAAACGUAAUAAUACGUUAUUUUGUCUCCCGCCGCACAUUCGUGGUGUACGUGUGUGACGAUCAGAAAUGUAUAUAGGCACCUAUUAUACCAAUAAAAAAAAAAAAACCGAAUCUCGGAAUGAACUCGUUCAAAAUUUAAAAUGUAUAAACGAAACAUGAGUCGGGUUCAUAUAUUUAUAUUCAAUAGACAUUCGUUUUGGCCGUUAAUUUUCAAUUUCAAUUUAAAUUUUUUUAUUUGAGGAAAACAACUAAAGCGAUAUUUCGGUAUCGACCGAAUCGCCACAAUUUAAAUUCUACGAGUAGGUAACGUAAUUUUGCUCGUUAGAUAUACGCAUUAUUAUACUGUACGACGUUCUCUCGAGAUUAUUUAAAUAGAUAGUAUAUACGUCAAACGCGUCAUAGGUAAUACAAAUCAAUAGUGAAACGAAUUAUCGUAGUGAACUAAAAUUAAUUUACAAACAAAAGCGAACUUAGCAAAUUCAUAUAAAAAAUAUGAAUAAUAAUAAAAUACACUAGAAUAGUCCAUAAAUUCGAUUUAAUUUUAUACUUAUGAAGAGGACUCGGAAGUUAUAGGAGCUGCAUAUUUUUUGUAUGCACUGAAUUUAUAGCAGACCAAGCUAGAAAUUCUUUCUAUAGAAUGGAGAGUUUAAAAAUCAAGCAUUUAAAAUUAAUAUUUUGCAUAUUCCGUUAAUUUUAGAGAAAAAGUCGAGAUUUCAUCGGCUGUCAUUCAUUUUCGCAUAUCUUUACGCAUACUACGCAUAUUUAGUAUUUUUCAAAAAAAAAUUAUUUUUCUUAUUCCUAUUUAUUUUUUAAAUUAUAUUUUAUUUAAAACUCAAUAUUAUUUAACGCGUAGUUAUUUAUUGUUAUUACUUACCGCCUCAGUCUGUUAUGAAUUUAACGACAACUACACGUCAUUUAACGAAUCGCACAUUUAAUCUUUAUCUUUUUCGUGCAUAUCAAUAUAAUGACAUUAUAAUAUGUUUUUGAAUAAUAAACUGAAUCGUUUUUUUCCCAUAUUUAUUACAUUUUUAAGUUUUUUUUUUCGUGCAUAUUUGCAUACAUAUUUUGCCCUUUUUAGCUCCUAUAACUUUCGAACCCUACUUAAGCGAACUAUAGGUAAAGCCUAAUAUUAUUAUACGCGCCUAGUUUAUGAACGAGAGACUAUAAUUUGUAAAAUUAACACCUCGAGGCGUGUUGAAAACGAACAAUAGCGUAUUACAAUAAUAGUUAUUCGCGGAGAAUUAUUGCGUUUUGGAAUACGACUUUCUCGCCCGACGACGACGAUUUAAGAAGUCGAAUUUACCGAAAACUGGUAACAACAAUAUGCGUACGGAUCACGGCGUACGCAUCCAUACGCUGCAGGUAGGGACCGGCGGAUUAUAGCGAUGAAAUAAAUAAAUAAACAAUAUUAUAUUUAUAGACGCGAUAUAUUGUCGGCGGGAUUGAAGAAUACAUUAUGUAUUCCUGUAAUAUCGAACGUCUAUUUCUAGGUACGCGCGCACGAACCUACGUCGUCGUCGCCGUUGCUGGAAAUAAUUUACGAACGCGCGUUAAUAACAUUAUUGUAUCCGCCGUGUGUUACGAUAUACGUAUAAUACGUACGUGUGCGUGGUAGCGCUCGGCGAUGGCUAUAAGCGCGCGUGUGCCGUUCGCGCCGGGCACAUGUGUUUCUCGUCAUGGCUGUACGCGACUCGAGCCAUAUCGAAAAAAAUACUAAAAAAAAAAAGUAAUAACGCGUACAUAAUAAUAUUAGAGUUCUAUUUCAAGAGCUGCCUCGCGCGUUACCUAUAACAUUAUGGUAUUUAUCAAAUAAUAUUACGUUGAGUAUUAUACAUCCGUCCGCGUAGAAUGAAAACCGAUAUUUUCGUAUUUAUCACCGUUAUACAGCAGCGGUAUUCUGUAACUCGAGCGCUGCCUAUUGUUGAAUUAUUGUACGUUAAGUAUGUAUCAAACUUUCUAAACGAAUUUGCGGUUCCGCAAUAUCAGUUAUCGCAAAACGGAAUAAUUUUCGUUAACUCUGUCGAAUAAUCCGCAGAGUUUCAUUAAAUUGACCAAUCAAACACUAUCCUGAUGGUGGGUGAUAAGCAUAUAAUAGACAUUAUAUUUUAAAUUCUACAAAUCCGUGUGAAAACCGAUGUUAUCUAGAGAACAACCGUGUUUACGUGAUAGCAUCGGUUUUCACACGGAUCUGUAGAAUUUAAAAUGGCUGUUACUUAGUAACUAUUCAUCGUUUAUAAAUGUGUGAUACAUUAAAAUUUUCAGAAAAUAAUAAAAUAAAAAGUUAUUUUUUUUAAUAAAAAACAAAAUUAAUUAAAAUAUAAAUAUUUGUAGUCUCCCCUGUGAGUAGUAUAUAUAAAAAAAAAAAACCGAAUUUGAUUAUCUUUAUUGUCUCCGAAGAUAUUCAAGGAAUAUAUCUUCGUGGGACAUCCCUAUACCCACGGUUUAUGUCUUAAAUUGUGCUUAUACCUAUUAUGCACGGUACAGUGAGCGAAGAGUACUGGUUACCAUAACGGUUAUAUGUGGUUACAGAUACUAGUUUAUGAUAAACAAUAUUAUUAUCAAUCUAAUUUGUGACAAUUUUGUUUUACUAAUGCAAUCACCUAUUUAUUUUUCUUAGAACAAAAUUAUUUUUCGAAUUUUUUAUUUUGAUGACUGCUAGGCGGCCGGUAGUCGGUGAAUUGCGUUUUCGCAGUUUUCAUUAUCACCUAUGGUUGAUAUCACACCUUAAUUAAAUGUAACCAAUUUGGUAACCAGUAUGCUCUUCGAUCACACCAUAGGACUUAGAGUAAUAAAACAUGUCCCAUUCAUGUAUAAAUUAUCUAUGUAUAAAUAAUUAUCUUAAUUUGUGGUGAUUUUUUCGUACCUAUCACAAACUAAAAUUAAUAAUUAUUAAAAACGUGUCACUAAUAUAAUAUUGAAUUAUUUAUAUUAUUAUUUUUUGAUUAUUUGCCGUAUUUCGUAUUUUGUUUAUUUGCUAUAUGUGUAAUUAAUAAAAGAUUAAUGCAUUGUUAAUAAAUCCUUAUAAAAGAAUUGGUCACGCCUUAAGCGAAAAAUAAAUAUACAUUUUUCAAGAGGUAGUUCAAAUGGAUUUUGUACAUCUCUCAAAAACCGUCUAUCAACACGACGUUCUUGCAAUUGAACUCUUUGUUCCAACUGCAAAAGUUCCCAUAUUAAAAAUUCUAGAGCCAUGUAGAAUAUUAUGUGACUGAUAAUUACGAUUGUAUUAAGUAAAAAUUACUUCAAAAUAAUCGUAGACAAUAUAAGAAUUGCAAUUAUGGUAAAAAUAAAAAAUUAUUAUUAUACAAAUAUUGUAAAUAGGUAGGUACAAUACAUACGAUAAUACGAAACAUCUUUUUCCUCGUAUCUAUUAUCGGUAAGUGUUAUCGACAUUUUUUUUUAUCGCUAUCGACGGUUUUAAUGAAAAUAUUAAUAAUUGUUAGGUUAACGAAUAUCUAUGAUACAUAAUCGCUUUUAUCGAUAGUAUUCGAUAAGAAAAUUUUCGAUAAUUUAACGAACCAAAAUUUGUCGUUAAACUACCUAAUGAAGUAUAGAAUACCGCUAUACGGAGUACCAUACCUAUACGGAGCAAAAGUUCGAUCAAUCCAAAAUCAGGAUUGAAAAACGCAUUUAACAGAUUCGACGCGUAAUCCGCAUAAACCGAUUUGAUUCGUAAACUUAAAUGUGACACAUUGCGAUCGAAAUCAAAAUCUAGUUGUAAUGCAGAAGACGAUUUGUUUAUUAUUAUAUUUCGCGAAUGAAUUGCCAGUUUUAUUACAAUUUUGUUUUUUUUUCUUCUGAAAAUUCCAUCGCAAUAAUUUAAUUGAUUUCGUUUGAAUACAAUUAAUCAUUAAUCUAUAUGAUUAAUCCGUCAAAAGCCAUUAUUCUCCUGAUUAAGUAUUCAGCACUCAUUUAUACAUCACCUCAACACUUCCCCCUUCUCCUUAUUGACCUUUUGUUUUUAUCAUUUAUUUAAUAAACAAUACAGCGUCGUUAAAUAAAACACAGUUUUUAAUUAAAUUAACUAUUACCAACACAAUAAAAGUUUUAAAAACCUUUAAACAUAUUAUCUUGUAGUUAUUUUUUAGAGUUUAAUCGAUUCAAUUUAAACGAUUUUUUUUUCCAUUUUACCACUCUAAAAUCCGUAUACUCGAGUUAUAAACUAUAAUAAAUAAUGUUACGCGUAUAUUAUUUGUAUACAUAAUAUUAUAAUAUUGUAUCUAUUGUUCUGUUACAUUAUUUUAUUUACGGACAUUUUAAGCUUUCUGAUUUUCUAUUUUGAAGUAUAUAGGUGUGCGCACGUGUAAACUAAACGAAACAUACCUAAUAUAGUAAGUUUCAUUCGUUUUCUUGUAACUUUUGACCGAGCUUCUUAUAUCGCAGAUAAUAUGAACUAUCGGUAUAUUAUUUGAUUUUAAUUUUUCGGUUUUUUUUUUCUAGUACUAUUACCAAAAACAGCAUCAUCAUCACGUGCACAGUUUCAAUCACGCAAACGGUUCAACGGACGGACGGGAGGACGACAAGGAAAACAUCAAACAGAAAAACUCGGAGUGCCUGCAACAGUUGGACGAGGUGUUAAAAGCAUGCGUGGACUAUGAAGAGCGAAAUAAAAUAAGUCAACAACAGCAGUCGUCCGCUGCCGAACCGACCGAAGGUUCCGGAAAUACUUCGCCAACUGGAACUGCAGGAGCACCGACGCCGCCGUAUCAAAACAGGUUAAAAUAAUUUAUUAUUUUCAAGACGUGCUACCUUCCGUAUAUAGGCGUUACGUAUGGCAAUUAGUUAGGUAAUUUGAUAUAUACGUGUAAGCACCGAUAAUUCGUAAGCACCAUUGCUUACGAAAAAAGAUUCUGAGCGGAGUUCAAUUGAUAGUGAUGCUUUGUCAACAAUAUAUAUGCCAUAUUAUAGUAAAAUAAUAAAAUAGGCUCUAUAUAUUUUCUUUAAUAAUAUUUGUUUAAUGUUGUACCGAUUUCUCCGGUUUUCCUACGUUUUUGAAGAACGACCUUUCUAAAGUACCUCUUCAGUGAAAUUUCCUUAUAGAACAAUUGCUAUCAUUAAAAGUUGGAGCAAAAUUAUUGCUGGAAAAGUUGUCCACGGGAAAUAAAAAAGACGUAAUAUUUUUAAUUAAUACCUAAAUUUCUUACAUUUUUCCCGAAUUCCCUAUGUUUUUGAAAAACGACCUCUUUAAAGUACCUUCCUACAUUGAUUUCGUUUUAAAAAAGGUGCUAAAGAACACGUAAAAAUCGGAGCAAGUCCUCUGGUAGAAAAGUUUUUCACAGAAAAAAAAUUAAACAUCUUUGUAAAACCAUAAACUUCUUUCCAAUCAGCAUCUAAAAUACCUAACAAUAAAUUUAAAUGAUUUAUUUCAAAACAAUAUAUUAUUAUAAUAUAUUCGUAGAUCAAUUUUUUUUUUUUUUUUUUUUUUUUACAUAAAAUUUUCCUUUUUUAUUAGCACUCCAACAAUAUUUUAGUUGAAAGUUACUGUAUUUAUAUACUACUUACACAUUUAUUAUUUAUAGUAAUAACCUGCAGUUACACUGAUCACUUUACAAUUAGUAUAUUUGAGGAGAGGGCCUAAACUUCACUGUGAAUACGUUUUUGAAGGUUCUUAGCCCCCUCAAGUUCCCCAAUGAAUUGUAUAAUAAUACGUGACUUAUACAGAGUAAUUUUUUUUAUUACGAAUCAGCAAUUUUGACGGAGGGUUUUAAGUGAAUCUGUUUUUUUUUAAUUAUUAUGGAAUCGAAUAAGCUUUAUUUAUGAGUUUAUGAGUUAUAACCGUUUAAAGUUUAAACUGGAAAAGCAGGGAAGGUUAAUGCAUUGGAUAUCUAUUUUUGAAUGGUUUAAAAUAAACCUUAUCUCAUUCCAUAAUGGUUAAACAAAAAACAGAAAUCCUUAAAAUCCUCCGAGAAAAUUUCUGGUUCAUAAUAAAAAAAAAAUCACUCUGUAUAUAGUAUCGUCUUAAUUGCUUUGUCUUCUUUCUCCUUCUCUUCCAUCGGUUCAAACACGGUACAACAGGCACUGCACGUGUAUAGGCUCUUGAGAAACGUUGUUUCAAGUGUACAUAUCUAAAGUGUUAUGUUUUUCUGAACCACGUCAUAUUAUUUGAACAAUUGAUAAUAUUGCAAUAUGGUAGACAAAAUUAAUGUUUUUUUUUUAUAUAUAUACACUGUGUAACAGGACUAUUUAUUUUUCAAAUAUUCCUGUUACAGUCUCUGUAUGUAUAAUAUUUUAAAUCUUUCUCAUAUCAAGUGUAAUAUCAUAAAUUAUAAAAUCUUCCUUCGAGGGACAGCGACGGCAUUAAACGUUCUUUUCCACUCCUCCCCGUUUUAGGAUCAAAACAAACGGUUCUCUUCCGCGGGACUACAAGAAAAGCGGAAACUCGUCGCCGACAUCGCCGUUAUCGCCUGUGUCGGUGAUGACUCUGUCGCCCACUUCUCCGUCGUCGACUUGGCCAACCACGGCUACUUCGUCGCUUUCGUCGCCGUUGUCGCUGAACAUGGCCGGCGCCGACAGCGAUUCAGUGUUUUUGGAAAACGAUUGUUUCCCGUCGUCGGCGUCCAAUACGCUGGCCACGCCGACACCGCCGCCGAACGCAACCGCCUGCGGAAGUCCCAGAACAAGAAUCAAAACGCUGCCGGUCACGUCCGGCACGCCGACCACAACGACCACAGCUGCGGAUUUAUACAACGACGGGUAACUUUUGGUUUUCGACGAGAAUCGCGUUCGUAUAUUAAUCACGCCGUGUUCCAAUUUUUUCCCAUUUGUUAACGUUCAGCAGCAGAGACCGUAGUCAUCGGCAGUACAACGGCAACGGCACCCUCGGCGACAAAGGCGGUGUGAACAUUCCACCCAACAAUGCCUCGUCGUCGAAAUCGCCGGAACGGUUGCAGCAGCGUUUGUCGCCGGCUUCUUUGCAGUCCAAUCAGUCGCGGUUGUCUCCAUCGUGGCAAUCAACUACGACAUGGCUUCAGCGUACGUAUCCGUUUAUGGCGAAUAAUUCCGCGACGGACAACGGCGGCACCGAGACAACGGCCUCGGUGGUGGUUUCCGAGAGAGCGGCUGAAGCAGCCGAGCAGCGUCGAAAGCUAUUGGUCGAAUUGUCGUCGUACAAGUCCCGGUUAGUGGAGUUGCACUUGCGCCGAGAAGAAAUAGACCGAGAGGUGAGUGUUUAUUAUACGUAUGUGUGCUCUAGGAUAAUUCUUAUAAUUUAUCCAGUGGCUGUUUUUAGGGGGAUUCUGAGUAGAGUUCAGUUGAUAGUGAUGCUCAACAAUAUUUAUGUUAUAUUAUGAUAAAAUAAUUAAAUAGGCAUUGUAUAUUAUCUAUAAUAGCAUAAAUUUAAAAUUGUACAAAUUUUUCCGUUUUUCCUGGUUUUUCACAUUUGCUGGGAAAACUCUGUGAAAAAUCGAAAAAUUACUUCCUUAAAGUAGCUUUCCAACAAAAUUUCAUUUCAGAAAAAUUGCUACAUCAUAUUGAUCAGAGUAAGAUCUUUGCUAAAAAAGUUGUCCACAGAUUGUAAACAAUGUCAACAGUUGUCAAAGAUUGUCAACAGUUGUAAAACCAUAAGCUUCUUGGCUCCACUCAGAAUCUAAAAUGAAAGUUUUGUGUAAUUUAUGAUAGGAUCAUAAACACAUUUAUCUUUUAUUUGAUAUAUGUCAUUAUGGUACGGGGCCCAACAAAUUCAAAAUCACCCCCUCCCUUGAUGUUUUAUCAAAACCGCCACUGAAUUUAUCAUUUGUGUAUAUUUUAGAUUCUGUACGGAGCGAAUGUAUUGGUUUUACAAUGAUGUUUUUUUUUAUCGGUGGACAACUUUCUUAUGAACAAUUUCGCUCAGAUUUUCAUGUGUUGCACUUUCUCUGAAAAGAAAUUUGACUGAGGUGGUACUAUAAGAAGGUCAUUUUUUGAUUUUCCUAAGGGUUUACAUUUUAAAUAAGAAAAAAAAUGGGACAAUUUACGAAGUAUAUCAUUUUCAAAUCGUAAAUAUUACAGCCUUUUAAAACAUGUAUAGCCGAACUCCGCUCAGAAUUGUUUUUCGUUAGAAAUGAUUAAUCGUUGCGUACAAAUAUACAUUAAAUUUCCCCUCUACCUUCGCAAUUGCUCACAUACAACAAUAACCUACCGUGCGAAGUAUAUCUGUUUGUUUCUUUACUUUAAUUAUUAGGAUAUUCCUGGGAUUUAUUCAAAACUAUGAAAAAAAAAAAAAUAAUAAUUAAUAAUUCUAAUAAAUUAAGUUUCGUAAAAAUUAUACAACCCUUAGACUUGCCUCAAGUGGGUUAAAGUAAAAAAAAAAGAUGAUACUGGGGGUGGGAUCGGUCAUUGUUGUAGGUGAGAAGUUGGGAAGGUAGGAUACAUAAGGUUACUUCAUUUAUAUCUGUAAGAAACGAUAAACAAUUGUCUUGAUCAAAGUCUUGAUGAAAGACGAUCCGAGCGCAGUUCUAUAAUACAUAAUUUGAAGUACCGUAAUUUUUUUUUCGAUUUUCGUUUAAACCUGAUUACAAAGCGCUUAUUAAAAAAAAAAAAAAAAGUUGUCCUAUGAUUUUGGAAACUGUACCACUUCUAGGUAAGUCCAAUAUAAAUAUUGUGACCAAGUUUCAAGUCUCUAAGUGUAUUUAUAACCGAAUUUCAGAAAAAAAAAACUCUCAAAUAUUGAAAUUCCUUAAAAGCUCAAAAGUUUUGGCAAUGAUACCGUAAGAAAGUAAAUUAAAAAGGCAACAAAAAAAAUAUUUUUUGAUUUUUCGAUUAAAUCUUUUUUUCUAGUAGAAAACGUCGUUCGUGUUUUUAUAAAAUAAUGAAAUCGUGAAAUUGUACGUUUUUCUACGUUUUUUCCCAAUUAAGUACUUUUAUUUAAGAAAUGGCGUCGAAAAUCAAAAAAAUAACCUGUUUAAAGUAUUUAGUAUUUAGUUAUUUAAGUAAUUUAGGUAACUUGAGCUUUCAGAAAAGGUUCUACAUGUAAAAAUCAGAGCAAGUUUACUAGGAAAAAACGUGUCCACAGACCAGAAGAAAAAAAAACCAUCUUAUUAAAACCAAUAAUUCCCUCACUACGCUCGGAUCCUAAAAGAAGUACUUUGUUGGUUUUGACGAUACGAAUUUGUACACUUAAAAUAUUUUUGAUAUAGAUGAAUAGAAUAAUAUUCAGUGUCCCAUUGUAUAUACCCAUUGUAAAAUCUUUGGAGAUAAUAAAGUUAAUCAAAUUCUGGUUUUUUUUUUUUUCAUAUUAUUCAAUAGGAUAAGGACUACACAUAUUUAUAUUGCCAUUAAUUUUUUAUGUUUUGAUAAAUGAAGUGUAUAGUAAAUUAAUCAUAAUGAUAAUAAUCAAUUAGAGAAUGUGAUUACAACUUAUUGCAUAAAUGAUUAGUAUUUUUCUCUGAACUUUAAAAAAAUUAUUAAAAAUCAUGUGUUUAAUGAAAAUAAAAAGUUGCUACAUAAAAAUUUUCAGAAAAAUAAACUCUAUAAUUGCUAUUUUCAAAUUUUUCAAAAAUAAUAAAAUAAAAAGUUAUUUUUUUAAGUUGUUUAUUAAAGCAUAAAAAAUUAAUUUCAAUAUAAAUAUUUGUAAUUAUUAUCCCUAUGAGUAAUAUUAAAAAAAAAAGAAAUUAGAAUUUGAUUAUCUUUAUUAUCUCCAGAUAUAUUACAACAGGUAUGUCUUCAUGGAAUACGCUGUAUGGUUUAAAUUCUUUAUGUAAUAAUAAUAUAAUAAUAAUGUACAAUAAUGUUAUAAAUUUGCCUAUUAUAGGUAUUUUAGGCUGUACAAUUGCCAAAAACAUAUUUAACAUUAAGCCUUUUGUUCCUUAUUAGGGUUGACCAAUGUUUAUGAAACUUCGCACAAAUUAUUUAUUUUUUUUAUAAUUUUGAACAAAAUAUUUCGUCGAAAAUUAACGAAAAAAUGUCCUUGACCAAACGAUGAGGACCACUUUUUACUGUAUUUGUAUACGGUAAAUCUGAUUUAAUUUCUGGUUAUUAUAACAGUUAAUCAUCGAGACUGCGUUGCUGCACGCCGAACUUGACGUUGCGGACGACGAAACGCGUCAAUCGGACAAUAUAGUAGACGGUUUGGACCGCGCAGUGGCCGAAUGCCGGCAACAAAUGGACUUGUGUACCGUUAAGCAACAGGAGCAGAGGACGGCGGCUGACACGCAACUAGCAGGACACCGACAAGCACUCCAAGGGUAAGCAUUCCAGAGUUAUUAUAGAUUAUAGAUAUGAGGACUUGUGGAAUCGACGAAGAUCUAGCAACGCACGACGAAGGGAAAUAAAGACCAAGAGGAUACAAAUGCUAUAAUAUAAUUAUAAUACACGAGACAAAUAAAAUAUAAUAUUAUAUACUACCUACCUAUUAUUAUAAUACGUGUGGAUAUGCGUAGGUUAAGGAGCCGAUUGGAAACGAUCGAAGACGACGACGGUCUGAAAACCGAAAUUCGAGCUUCCAUCGACAAACAAACGGAACUGUUGGAAACCGAACAAAAAGUAAAUAUCGACAAAGACAAAUAUAAUUAUUUGUUUGUUUUUUUUUAUUUUGAAAUAUAUUAUGUAUGUCUUCAGUUGUACGAAGAUGUGGAAUUCGGUUUGUUGGAGGAGGAGGCAGGGUGGCUGGCGCGCAGGGAAGAAUUGCACAGGGAUCGCGCUGCAGCCGUGGCCGUAAGACGGGCUCGUCGGGCACGCGCCGAAUGGUUACGAGCGCAGCUCGAUCAGCUCCGAAGCGUGGGCGAUGAUCAACUCCGAGCACUGCGAACUGACAUCAACACUGCGACAUUGUCCAUUCAACAGGUAUUGGCAUUUUGUUACAUUUAGCGGGUUUUUUUUUUUUUAAUAUUCUAAUUGUUUUAAUUUCUGAUUUUACUGUUAGGGUCACAAGAAAUUACUUGAUUUAGAUUCGGCCGCCGGUUUGACGAACGUGCUCGAUCUGCAUUAUCGCCGUCACCCGUUCCAAUACGAAAACGGCUCAUUGUUAGUGGCUGAACAGCACCAACCGCUAAAAUCUCUGGAGUGGCCGUGGGACCAACAGUUAAAAUCGCCAAUGUCACCGUUACUAUCGCCAUCGUCUUCAUCAUGGGAACAACAGUCGAAAUCGCCCUUUUCACCGUGGCCUUCUAACACUACUGCAGGAAUGGUUAACAAUUGCAGUUUUUCGCCGUCGUCGAUGGCUGAUGCUAAUAACGCCAACAGCUUGAUGACCGGUAGUAUGACGACGACAUGUUGUAGCAGUAUAGCCAGCAGUGGUGGCGAGGUAAAUUUGUUUUGCACACAGAUCAGCUAUGGCCCUAAACGUAACGUAUUCAUUCCUUUUAGAACAAUUUUUCUACUAGAAAGUUUGCUCUUGCAAUCUUGCUGAUUUUCAAGCCAAGUAUUUUUUCUGAAAUUAAUGAAAUGAAAUCUGGAUGGUACAUUAAGCAAGCCAUUUUUUGAUUUUUUAAGUAGUUUUCAUAAUAAUUCGGAAAACGGGAAAAUUUAUGAAAUUUAUUAUUUUCAAUUUGUGUUGUGAUUCAGUUAAAAUAUUAUUAGAGGCAUAAAAUUUGGAAAGAAAACGUUUAUUUACCUAAAAACAUUUGAGCUAUUUACUAUUUGACCAGUUUUUUUACAUACAUUUUAUUCGGCAGGUACUUUGGGGAUAAAAUUAGAUAGAUCAACCAGAAAUGCUUGAAAGUUUAAUAGGAGAUUCAAUAAAAGUUAUAUAAUAAGUGGUCAAUUAGAAAAAAUUGAGUUCAAUGUAGUAUUUUAUUUGUUAUAUGAUUUUAACACCAAAUAUUGAUGAAUAUCUUGAUAAAAUUCAUAAAAUCAAAUUUCAAAAUAUGCAUAACCAAAUUCUUCUCAGAAUUGUUUUUCGUUGGUAAUGAUUCAUAAUUACAUGCAGAUAUGCAUUAAAUUUCCAUCUGUAUCCUACCUUCCCAACUUCACACCUAUAACAUUGACCCACACAUUGUGCGAAGUAUGUCCGUCUUUGUUUUCCUUCAUCUUUAUCUUCAUCUAAUCAAUCUGUCAUUACACGCCUAGAGCCGGAUUAAAAGGGGAGAUAAAAAUGGCAUUUGGCCCAAGUGGUAAUUUUUAAAAUAAAAUAAACAUCUUUGUAAAACUUUAAGCAUCUUUGCUUCUUCCCAUUGCAUACUUAUUUCUGUUGUUAUUUUAUCUUUUCUUUUUGAUUUAAAUUCUAACUGGGUAUGUUCUGUCGUCAACUGACUACGGGUGAUUAUUUUUCUCUGGAAUUCUGGGUCAACUGGUGAUUCUUUAUCACUUCCACUUUGGACUUUUAAUUCUCUUUUAUACUCUUUAAUUUUACUUUGGACUAAUAAUUCUCUCUUAAUCAAUUCCUUACUUUUACUUUUAUUACAUAUUCGCUUUACGGCCGUUGUUUUAUGUCUAUCCGUGUCCUUGAUAUAUAAGAGUCUUCGCUCCCGGUUUUGGUUGUGGUUCCUCUUUUGAAUAAUAAUUAUUUCGGGUUCACGCGCGUAUACUUAUAGUAGCGUGUGGGCAUGUAACUUUACUCAGAAUAUAAAAUUAUGCAAAUACGCAAUAAAAAAUCAGUUAUCACAAUCUACUGUUUUAAACGUUAUCAAUAAAUAAUGAUUGGCCUAAUUUUGUUGUAAGACAAUGUGCAAGUGUUUUAAAUGUUUAUUAAUUAUACUAUCAUAUUUUGUUAAGUUUUAUGAGCCAAUUAAUAGACGAAUAUAUUUUAUUUUCCAACAAUACCACCUAUUGUAUUAUAAUAUAAUGAGUGAAAAGUGAAUAAAAUUAAAGGGUUCUGCAAAAAAGUAAAAAAUAAUGUAAACAGUGUUUGAAUCGGAAAAAUAAAAGAAGAGGGACUAGAAGACUUAAAAAAAAAAUUGUUCCUUGAAGUUAUUGAACUCAACUUACUUAUGGGAGUCUUUGAUCCACUACCACCAAUACCGAUUUCCAAACAUUAUUUUAGUUAUCGCUUACAACUUGAAACAAAAUAAAGCGCCUAGGACAGAUAAUAUAAGAGCAGAUUUAUUCCAAUGUACUUACAUGAAGAUAAAGAAUGCUUUAUAUCAACUAACUCAGGAUAAUAUAUGAGAGAAAGAAAAGGAAUUGGAUGAUUACUGUAAAUCCAUAAUUGUAACUAUACUGAAGAAAAGAAGAGCAAAUUCCUGUGAAUAGUUUAGAACACUGACUCUACUGACACGUGUCACACAAAUCAAAGAAUAGAAGGAAAAGUGGAAUUGUAUUUAAAAAAUUAUCAAAAUGUAUUUAGAAAACAAAAUGUACACGAGAAACAAAUCUAGGACUGCGAGUGCUGAUUGAAAAACAGAUUAAUAGAAGUAAAGUGUAUGUAACUUUAUUUGUAUUAAUUGACCUUUGUGGACUUGGAAAAUGUCUUUAACAAGAUUAAUUAGAAUCAAAUGCUUCUCAUAUUACGAGAAAUAGAUGUUUUUUAACAUAACCUAAGAAUCAUUCACAAUCUUUACAAAAAUAUAAAACUGUCUUUAUAGACAGCUUGCAUUAAAAAAAGAGGAAUCAAUUCUAACGUUCAAAUAAAAAAAUAAGUCUAACAAGAGUGUACGUUAUUACCCCCACAUUUUAAUGAUUACAUCGAAAGUUAUAAUUAUAGUGAAAGCAAAACUAACAAAACUAAAUAUUGGAAUUAAAAUUGGUGGAAAAACUGUUUCAACGAUACGAUUUGCAGAUAAUAUUGAGGUGAUAGCAGAGAAUGAAGGUAAUGUAUAACAUGCAGUUGAUGAAAUGAAUGAAAUGCUCACAUCAGUAAUUAAAAUAAAUAACAACGAAGGGCAAGUCUACCUGAAAAUAAAAGCUAAUUAUUUGAUAAAUGUAAUAGCUUUUGUUCUAUUCAAAAUUUAAAAUUUUGUUUUGUUUUAAUAAAUAUCAUAGUACUUCGAUAUAACUUUUAAGUUAAAUUGUUUUGGUGUAGUGUUAUUUUGAUUUUGAUAUUUGUCAAAUAGUAAUUAAAUAAUUUUAAUGGUGUUGUUUUGAUAUAAUAAAUUUUUUUUUUUUAUAUGAUUGGCACAGGUUUUAAGGGUAGCAUUUUAAAAUUUGCCCCAUAGGUAAUAUAUUCGUUAACCUGCACUUUACAAGUAGGUAUACGUCCAUACCAACCAAAUCUAUUGUCUUUCAUUGUAUUAUUAAAUUGUUCUACUGCUUUCUAAUGUUUUAUGCUAUUACAAUAUUUUUAGGACGAUGAUAGACCUGCGUCAGAAGAUUCGACUUCGCGAAUGUCAAUGUCGACAAUCUUCGACGGCGGGACAGGGAUAAAAUUGCGCCCCAAAAACAAGCCGUCUUCACCAGAUAUAACUAAGGUGAUGGUCGAUUAAAACACAUAGCAAUGUCUAACAGCGGGAGUCUUAUAUGCAUACCUUAUAAGAACGCAACGUGUUUUUGUAUGUCACAACAGAGACCAUUAACCAGGUAUCUUCCGGUCAGAUACGAUGACGGCGAUGGUGCGACGGAAAACAGAAUCGCGUUCGACUUGCGAGCGCAUAUCGAAUCAGCCGGCCACCAGUUGGACAACGACGGGACUACGGACCGCCACUUUUGGAUCGACAGUUUGUCAUGUCGAGGUUAUUUGAAAAAGCUCUCCGGAACCGAUGGAGGGAAGCACCCACGCCGUGGUGGACGCAAAUGGCUGAAGAGAUGGUUUGUGUUCGAUCGACGGUCGAGGACCUUGGCCUAUUAUCACCGUAGGUCUGACGAAGUAGACGUUGCUGCCGCCGGUCACCAGGGAAGCACGCCAUCGAAGAAAACCAAUCGUCCACGUGCAUCGAUCCGCUUUCAGGUGUGUGAUGAUUUUUUACUUCUCCUUCUGGCCGUAAUCUAAAUCAUAAUAUUAUUGUGCGUAUAUCCUUUUUCGUCUUUCAUUUACCUCGCAAGUGGUGUUAGCUACUGUUAUUCUUGUCAGUUACUUUCCUCAUCUCCAAUAUACUUAUCAACAUUUCUUCAUCUGAUUUAUGCGUCCUUAUAAUACAUACAGCCACUUUUCCUUUGGCUUACUUUUAAUCCCUGACUUCUUCUACUAGCUGCAUUACUACAACCCCUACAAUUCCUCCGAUGUCUUGCUUGCGUCACUGCAGAAGAAUGUAAUUAUUUGAAAUUCUAUACGUCUUUAAAAAAAAAUUACAGGAUAUUCAGGAAGUUUACGUUGACCACACGAACAGCAGUAAAGGUCAAGGGUGCGCGUUUGUAGUGAAAACCGCGCAAAGGACAUUCUACUUGUCUGCGGCGACGGGACAGGCAGUCCGCGUAUGGGUCGACGUUAUAUUUACAGGCGCCGAAGGGUAUCGGGAAUAUUUGCAAAAGGGUUUGAUGGACGACAGAGCCGGAAAUGCGGUAUCAUCAUCCAGAACGAGCGGUCGAUAGACAAAAUCCUAACUUGCCCCCCCCCACACAAAAAUGUAUCGGCGCCUAUUAUUUUUAGGUUAGGUUUUAUUCUUAGUUAUAUGUCGCACCAAAUAUAGUUUUAUAUCAGUUAUACUAAUUUAAUAAUAUACUUUACAUUAUUAUUAUUAUUAUUAAUGCUUUGAUAUCUUUCAUGACUAGUAAAGAAUCACUAUCUAAUUUUAAUAGAUACAUUUGAUUAAUUUUGAUGAUAAUAGUACAAUUAUUGUUAAUAAAUAUGUUGUCUAUGAAAAUAAUGUAUUAUUAUGGUAUUAAAUAAAAACUAGAAAAUCGUGUAAUGUUUUGUUAAUAGCUAAUUUUAUUGGAAUCUGUAUACUUAUUACUGCAGUGUUGUAAAAAUAUAGAUUGUAAAAUAUGUAUAUAAAGGUAGUAAAUAAUCACUAGAAUAAUUAAUUGUCUUGAUGAUACAAAUUACAUAACAAUUCAAUUAUCUAGAUGAAAAAAAUAAAUUGAUAGUUUUGUUCAUUACCAGUUAUAAAACAAUGUGCUUUUCAGCAAAAGUGAAUUCAGUUUAAAUGUAGAUUUUGCAUGAAGUUGUGUAAUUAAUUUAAUUUUAUCUAUCAUUUCAAAUUAAUAAGUUAGUUACAAUUUUAAAAUAUGUACCUGUGUGAUUUAAUUAUGUAGUUUAGAUACUGGUUCAGAUCACUUAUUUCACAUUUAUCUAAAAAAAAAGAUGCAAUAUAAAAAUACACCUAUCUCUCCUAUCUAGAUAAAUUCAUCUAAAAAUAAAAACAACAUUGUAGUUAUUAGUUAUUUUUAUCUAAUAAUAUUAUUUGAGUCCUUCAUAUUAGAAAAAAAUAUAAAGCAAUCUUCCAUGAAUAGCAAAGCCACUAGAGUCAAAUAUAGAUGUAGUUCUAGAUCAAGAAUAAAAUAAAGAUUCCUUUUUUCCCCCUAAAUCAGUUCCUAUAAGAUGAGAAUAUAUAUUAUAAAUGUAAAAGUGUAAAUUUUUAUGACUUAAUCAAAGAAAAAUAGUUGAACAGAUAUGAAUGAAAUUUGGCACGCAGAUAAUAUAUAUUUUUUAAAUUAAUACAUAAGGAUACUUUUAUCCCAAAAUGCAGACCCUAAAGAGUGGCUGAUACAGGGUUUUUGAUAAUAUUCAAGCGAAAACCAAAUUGUUUUUAUUUAUAUAUUAAUUUAUAUCAGAAAGGGCUUAGGUCAAAAAAUGAUUUUGUUUAGGAGACAUAAAAACCUUUUAACUUCCUACCUUUUAAUAUUUUUAAAUUUCAUAGUCAUGAUUAUAUCUAAUGUAUUAUU